UAGUUCCUUUUAAUAUCCUAGAAAAAACAAGUGACGUAGAAUUGUAGCUGACAAGUAGAAAAAAAAAAUCCCUACUAGCUAUUGAGCAAUCUUGUUCUGUGCUUCCACUCUGUGAACCUUUCUUAGUUUCACUCUCAGUCCUAAAUCCUAUAGCAUGGCUUGGCUUUCAAUCCUUACCCUGCCCACAAAACCAUUGCUUUCUUCCGGGACUUUCCUAACUCAAAACUGAACAAAUCGCCCACAACGCAUGCAACCGGACUUUAAAAAUGUCCUGGUAUCGUCUGUAGGCGGAACACUCCCAGCUAUGAAAGGGGUGGAAAUGAAGUUUUGGAGAGGGUGGGGGCUCAGGUAUACCCAUUUAUUUAUGUGUGGGCAAACUUGAAGAUAACAUGUUUGCAGAAAUCGUAUUCUAUGCAGGGAAGCAUACAUGUUUAUGAAUUAAUAUGGAAGCGUGCACUGUUAUGCCCGGAGAGGAAUGCCUUACCAGCUAUCCAUCAAGCACACGAACUGCGCUAGAUAAAGGAAUAAGAAGGCUUCAGUGGACUGUCACCUGCUGUCUCAUUGGGCUAGUUAUCCUUUCAUUGUUCUCUGUUUAUCAGAUGAUUGCCGGAUAUCAGGAACAUUCCAAAGAUAAGGUAACAGUCACGUAUGUUUUUACCUUAUAAAUACGCGCAGAAGUGUAUGGAAGGUUCAUGUUCUGCAUGCUUCUAAUACUGUAUUUCAGUCUUGUGAAACUGGCAAAGUGGAUGGGAUUUGUCUCAGUGUUAUUGCAUCCAAAUUCUUGACUUCAUUUUAAAGCAAAUAACAGAGUGCCGCACAAUUUAAUACCUGCAAAACGAUGUUCAUUCCCAGUUACUUUUUUUUUCCAUUGGAUUUGCAUAUAUAAUUUUAAUAUUGUAUUCUUCUGGGCAGGUUAAUUUAUAAAUCUGAUCAGAUUGUACAUCAAGUCAGCAACUUUAAUUUUCAGUUAUUAAACACAUAUUUGGCUGGCAUUUCUUCAGAUGGUAUCAGUACAUCUCAAGGCUGCUUGUCACAAAACAUCGUCCAAAUAGGUCCUGUCUUAGAACAAGGUGUUAAAUCCUUGAUCUGAGCAUCAUUUGCACAUUUGUCUUAUACACAGUAUACCUAGUGCCACAUGUUGAGAACUAAAGAGCCUGUUCACCCAAAAAAAACACGAAAAAAAAACCUUUGUCAACAAAUUACUAAUUAAUGCAAAAUAGAGUAUCACUGAGUGAAAACUGAAACAUUUAAAAGUAGAGCACUAUAUAUCUUACCUGAUUGGGGUUUAUUCUCAUUACACGCAAACAGAAAGAAUAUAUACAGUGUAAGUGCAAUAUUGCUUGUGUACAAAAUAGUGCAAAAAUGUGAUUGUGAGAUGGUACACUCACAUUUUUAGAGCCUAAAUGAGAUUGCCUCAAAUUGUCUGAGCAUCUGUAUCUUUAAGACAGCACAACAUCUCUCUCAUUGAAUAUGAUGUUGUACAUUUUCCCAAAAAAAGGAAUAAAAUUGAAUAGUGGAAUAUGUUGUACUUUAUUUGAAAACAAUAAUGGGUAUACAAGAAUUGCUCACCUUAUACAGAGCAUUUUAGUUACCAGGCUCUGAGUCAAAUAAGCGUGGCACUACCCUUCUUCAACCAGACUGGUGAUACAGACAAAUAAAUGUUUAAAAAAAAAAAAAUCAAUGUAGACAAAUAUAAAAACAAAUGUCCUACAGUAGAGUCAUUAUCCGAGAUGCGAAUAUCGAUGAACAAUUAUGAACUAAACUCAAGAGAAUAUUGAUUUUCAGGUGAUUUGGGUUAAGCUGAUGCAAUUGAUAGCUUGUUUGCUAAUACACAAAUAUUGAGAAAUAUUAACUUGAAGAUAAAAUAGUCAAAUUGUACUAACCCUAAAAAUAUGCUUAAUAUUGAAUGGAUUUUGAUUGGAUCUGUGAAUGACCCUUCCAUCUCGCCCCAUGGCAUAUGUGCCACUGGUCUUGAUUCAAGCUGUGUAGUCAAGAUUUUGAAGGAUUCUCCCAUUCAUUUUUUUUCUCUUAUUACCCACUUCUGGAGACAAUUUCUUGAGAGAUAAAGGGAAGUGCAAAAUCAUGUUUUUACAGGUCUCUGCCCAUGUCACUCCUCUUGAGUCGCUUUGUUUAGAAGCAUUGUCAUCCUGGCACACAUGACUGAGAGGAUAAUGCGUUCCUAUUUAUUGUGUCCUAUAAUUUCAUUUGAUAAAGACAAUAGUACUUGAGACAGGUUGAUCAGUUGACAAGGUUUGGAAUCAGCUGCAACCACUAAUAAAAUUUGCUUUGUUUGUUGCAUGUGGUGUUUGUGAGUGUAUCAGAUCAUAUUUUCAUUAUUAUUAUCAUAUAUUCUCAUAAUAAUAAACAGUGUAUAUAAGGGAAACACAGAAUGUCUAUGUGUAUAUAAGGGAAACCCAGAAUGUAAUUCAAUAAAUAUUACAUGAAUGUGUUUUGUGUAUGAGUAUGUCCUCCACACAAUAUACUUUACAAAAAGGAGCAGUGUGUCAAUAUCACAGAACUUCACAGCAACAAAAUCCACACAGGGUUAUUCACUAAAGUGAGAAUUCACAGUGAAUUUCAAAUUUAAGGCCAAAGUAUCUGAAGUGGAAACAUACCUGAAUUAAAUAAGAUUGGCUACUUUGGCAUUAUAUUUGAAAUCCACUUUCAAUUCUAACUUUAUUGAAUAACUUUGUUAGUAACAUGGUUCACGUGAAUGUAUCACAAAUUCACUAGCAAAACAUAGAAACAUAGAAACAUAGAAUGUGACGGCAGAUAAGAACCAUUCGGCCCAUCUAGUCUGCCCAAUUUUCUAAAUACUUUCAUUAGUCCCUGGCCUUAUCUUAUAGUUAGGAUAGCCUUAUGCCUAUCCCACGCAUGCUUAAACUCCUUUACUGUGUUAACCUCUACCACUUCAGCUGGAAGGCUAUUCCAUGCAUCCACUACCCUCUCAGUAAAGUAAUACUUCCUGAUAUUAUUUUUAAACCUUUGUCCCUCUAAUUUAAGACUAUGUCCUCUUGUUGUGGUAGUUUUUCUUCUUUUAAAUAUAGUCUCCUCCUUUACUGUGUUGAUUCCCUUUAUAUAUUUAAAUGUUUCUAUCAUAUCCCCCCUGUCUCGUCUUUCCUCCAAGCUAUACAUGUUAAGAUCAACUUACAGAAACGUGCACUGUAUGAUUGUAUACAAUAGACAGCUCCACAAGUACAGGAAUCCAACUAGUGUGUUUGCAGAAGUGUAGAAUUCCAGAUUUCCACAACAUUAAACUUACAAUCAAAUAAAAAAAGGAAUUAUCUUAAAGGGACACUAUAGUCACCCAGACGACUUCAACUCAAUGAAGUGGUCUGGGUGCCAGGUCCCUCAGGUUUUAACCCUUCACAUGUAAACAUAGCAGUUUCAGAGAAACUGCUAUGUUUACAUUUGCGGUUAAUCCAGCCUCUAGUGACUGUCUUCCGGACAGCCACUAGAGGCGCAUUUGCGAUGCUGGAGGCGAAUUUCGCCUCCAUCACUCAGAGCGUCCAUAGGAAAGCACUGAGAAAUGCUUUCCUAUGGACACUUUGAAUGCCGCGCAUGCGGCUCCAGUGACGUCGGACGGGAGAGCUGCCGUCGGACAAUGAGGAGAGUUCCCGGCGCUGGAAUAAGGUAAGCUGAUGAAAGGGUUUUAACCCCUUCAGCGCCACGGGAGGCACCCUCAGGGCACUAUAGUGUCAGGAAAACCGCUUUGUUUUCCUGACACUAUAGUGAUACUUUAAAGUAACAUUCCUAGCACUAUAAUCACUACAGUGCACUGACUCCAGGUUGACCUGCCAUUAACUCGGCAGGCACGCCCUUUUGGGAUGGAGAUAGUGACACAACUUUCAGGCUGCAGAGUUUGGAGUUAUGUAAAUGGAUGCAUAGUUGAGUUAAAGGACCACUAUAGUGCCCUGCUAUGUUUAGAAAAAAAAGGGUUAACCCUAGAUGGACCAGGCACCCAGACAACUUCAUUAAGCUGAAGUGGUCUGGGUGCCUAGAGUGGUCCUUUAAAGAUUUUUUCCAGUUUGGCUAUUUUGACCUUACAUCUCAAUUAUUCACUCAGACACACCAACAAUAUGGCGCUCCUAGAUAAGAGGGACAUUGGGAUAGGAAAGAGAGACACAGUGAUUUAGGCCCAAAAUAGGGACUGUCCCUGCUAAACAGGGACACCUGGAAGGUAUGCUGAUUUGUAAUUUUUUUUUUUUUUUUCUUUAAUAGACAGACAUAGAGAUUUUUGAUUAGGAGUAGCAAUAGUUUCAGUGUUUCAGUGCCAGUGCUUGAUUGUGCAUUUCAGAUUGUAGCUGCGGUCUUUUUUUGUUCCCAACCGUUUGAAGAAAGAAAAUCCUUUUUUUUAAAUUUAUUUUAUAUUUUUAUUGUUCAUUCAAAAAGUAACAAGACAUUGUAUAUGCACCAGUUGGUUCCAAUUUCCAAAAAGAUGUUAUGGUGAUUGAAAUGGCACAAACGCAGCACUAACUAACCAGCCCAGUUUCAUGUGUUUUGGCUGUUGGAGGGGGGCUGGUUGACCUUUGGUGACCUUUAUUUAAUCGCUAAUUAUCUUAAUAGUAAAAGCAGCACAAAUCUUAAUUUUUAAAGCACAAACGUAGCACUAACGAAACACAUUAGAUUUUUUUUAUUUGUGCUGAUUGUAGGGGGGCCAGCUUCACACAGCCUCACUUGGAGUAUUGUACGUAGUACUGGAAAUUGUCUCCAAAAGGGUAUUGAUACUUUGGAGAGAAUUUGGAAAAGGUCUACUAAACUAGAUCAUGGAUUGCAGUAGGAAACUUAGCAGGAAAGGUUAAAGGAUCUUGACAUGUAAAAUUUGGAGGAAAGACAAGAGAUAGAAACAUUUAAAUACAUAAAGGUAAUCAACACAGUAAAGAAGGACAGUAUAUUUAAAUGUAAAAAAAAAACUACCACAAGAGGACAUAGUCUUAAAUUAUAGGGGCAACGGUUUAAAGAACCACUCUAGGCAUCCAGACCACUUCAGCUUAAUGAAGUGGUCUGUGUGCCUGGUCCAGCUAGGGUUAACCCAUUUUUUAUAAACAUAGCAGUUUCAGAGAAACUGAAAUGGGUUUAUAAAUGGGUUAAUCCAGCCUCUAAAGCCUCUAAAGCCUCUAGUGGCUGUCUCAUUGACAACCGCUAGAGGCGUUUGCGUGCUUCUCACUGUGAAAAUCAUUAUGAAUGCUUUCCUAUGAGACUGGCUGAAUGCGCGCUCAGCUCCUGCCGCGCAUGCACAUUCAGCCGAAGAGGAGGAGGAGAGCUCCCCACCCGGCGCUAGGGAAAGGUGAGUGUUUAACCCCUUCCUCUCCCCAAAGCCCUGAGGGUGCCCCCAACGAGUAUGUUUUCCUGGCACUAUAGUGGUCCUUUAAAAAUAAUAUCAGGAAGUAUUACUUUACUGAGAAAGUAAUAGAUACAUGGAAUAACCUUCCAGCUGAAGUGGUAGUGGUUAACACACUGAAGGAGUUUAAGCAUGCAUGGGAUAGGCAUAAAGCUAUCAUAUAUAUAAGAUAAUGCCAGGGACUAAUGGAAGUAUUUAGAAAAUUGGGCAGACUUGAUGGGCCGAAUGGUUCUUAUCAUCCAUCACAUUCUACAUUUCCAAUGUUUCGCCCUGCCUAGCCGAGUGUGCAGUGUCGUUAUGCCUGAUACUUCAUACUACAGAUUAUAACGUACUGUGUUUUUUUCACACUGAAUGGUCACUCACGCUAUUGGCUAGAUGUGCGUCAGCUUUGCUCUUCUCAGGGUGAAUGGGGUGAGUGAAUCAUCAAUUGCAAAGUUCUCUCACUUACUAUUUUUUUUUAAAUUCAAAUAUAAUGAUAGAAUUUUGACCGCUCAGAAUUGGUAUUGCAAAAAUGGCUAAUAUUGCAAAGCAAUUGUAGCCGUUUUUGCAUUACAGUAAAUUUUGAAGCACCUUUCCUUGUUCUUUAUUUCCCCUUGGAAUGGCAUUCCAAUCUAUUUUGCAUGGAAAUUUGUCCGCGCUGAACAGAUUUAUGAACGACUUUCAGACGCUCUGAACAAAUGAUUUAUUUAUUAUUAUUUUUUUAUUCUCUAUUUUUGCUCAUAAUACAUAGCUCAUAAUACAUAGCAAGCAUAAGGAAAGUGCAUCUGACAUUUCGCACCAUUUUUUGUAUAAAGUAAGUAAAUAGUACAACCAUAGAUCAGACAUCCUCAACUAAGGGAGGUGUCAGCGGGUGAAGUUAGCUUGAGAUAGCAAUCAGAUUAUACCUGCUAGAGCAGUAAUCGCUUAAGGUCACGCUGGUUGUAGGGGGAAAUUCAGCUAAAUGAAAUUGACUUGAUGUGGGCUUACGGAGCCAAGUUAGGAGCUAUAAUAUGUUAUAUUAAUUUAGAUAAAACAGGUGAACUAAAAGAAAACAGAAAACAAUCCUAGAGCGACAUGUGACAGGUUAUAGUACACGUGUAGUAGCUCGGGUCACCGUUCAAGGUGGUAAGUCAUUUUGCUUUGGCACUGUUGUGCCUGGUACGAAUGGCGUUAUUCGGUCUAUAGCCCAUGCUGGACGAUUCACUGCUAGAACAGAUUCCAGAUCCCGAAACAGAGAGUGAACUUCUGAUGGUUUGGUAGCAGAGUAUGUCUUGCCAUUCUUUUUCAGCCGGGAGCGCCCCAUUUGUAGGUUAUGUUGCGGUCUCUGAGUAUUUGUGUGAUCUGUCGGAAAGACUGUCUCCAAACGGUGCUGUGACGGGACAUGUCUCGGUAAAAGGAGACUUGGCAUCCUUCAAAUGUUGUGGAAGUGGUGCCCCUGGUUUCCUCCAUUAUUAUACCCCUGUCUGAGUCCCAAACAAAUUUCAGUAAAACAUACCUUGAUGCAUCUGGGGUGUCCUUGGGGGUUUUGGCAAAUGGAGACAAUAGUCAAGGGUGAUGUGCUUUACUUGUUUUGGUGUCAGUAUCGUAGACAGUAGGCGCCUGACGAAGUGGGGUAAUUCCUCAGUGGUAACCGCCUCAGAGACCCCUCUGAACCAUAAAUUUCUGGCUCUGGACCUGUCUUCUAGGAUAGCCAUGCGAUCAGUCAGAUCGAGAUUGCUUGUCUGCAGAGCGUUGAGGGCUGCGUCCGUGCCCAUCUGUGCCACAUUUGAAGCACCCAUGUUUUCCUCCACUGCCACUGUUCAACCAGUCAGCGCUGCCAUUUCCUCCCUCAGAACUGCCAUAUCGGCUUGCAACAUUGCCCGGAUUUCUUGUGAUAGGGCUUUGAUGUCAGCUUUGGUGGAGGUGCAUUGUCUUGUACUGCAGAGGGGCCUGGCAUAGGCACUGUUGUUUUUGGGAAGGAAGACAAGAUCUCAAGGAGGCUUUCCUCGUCUAAGGUAGCUGAUGUGUAUGCCUCCACAGGCGCCAUUUUGUCUUUCUCUGACCUACCCUUCUGGCGCAGCAAUGUCCCGGGUCCAGAUCCACCUGGUUAGUUUUCUUCCCCAUCGGUAUUGGAGGGGAGAACAGCCGGAACCGGGUGCGUAGGCGCACUGUAAGGGUCAGGAAAGUGCCUUUUGAUUGUGCGUUCAGCCGGAGCUCGUGCAGUGUGCGACUGUCUCGUUCAGGCGCUGGCAUUCCUCCCGAACAAAUUUUUAUCUUGGCUGAACACAAUGCAUUUAUGGUACAAAAGUCUAGCAAUUUAUUACUUUAUUGUAGCUUUCCAGACCUUCUUUCACUCUGUCAAACAUCAUGAAACACCAUUUUGACGUUAUUUAAAUAAAUUGUGACACAGUGUAAUAUGUCAUGUAUUGUUGUUCAUCUUAAGUUGUAUUUACCUAAUUUUAAGACCUGCUAAGGAACAGAUGAUUGUCAUUAUGCCCUUAUGUGGAAAGCUAUAGAAUUCAAAGAGGGUGUACUUUCUUUUUCUCCUGACUAUAUUCGGAGCCAUUACAAAUCAUUGUCUGGAAAUCUAUUCAUUAACAGGACUGUACAUAGGACACAAGGUCAUGCAUUUAGACUGCAAGAAGGAGAUUUAAUCUAAGGCAAACAUUUUUUUUUUUUUUUCCUCCAGUAAGAACAAUAAAGAUAUUGAAUUCUCUGCCUGAAGAGGUGUCUAUACAGAUGAUUAAACAGCAAUUGGAUAAAUGCUUGCAAAAACAUUGCAAAUAUUCAGGGAUAUAAUUUUUAAUUUGUGGGGUAACAGUUUAUUGAUCCAUGGAGACAUCUGACUGUCAUUCUGGGCUUAAAGGACCACUAUAGUGCCAGGAAAACAUACUCGUUUUCCUGGCACUAUAGUGCCCUGAGGGUGCCCCCACCCUCAGGGACCCCCUCCCGCCCGGCUCUGGAAGGGGGAAAGGGGUAAAAACUUACCUUUUUCCAGCGCUGGGCGGAGAGCUCUCCUUCUCUCCUCCUCCGUUCCUCCUCCUGGGCUGAAUGCGCUGACAAGAGCUUCUUGCGCGCAUUCAGCCCGUCACCUCAGGAAAGCAUUUACAAUGCUUUCCUAUGGACACGAUCUCUCACUGUGAAAAUCAGGGAAUGGGGAAGGCUUAACCCAUUCAUAAACAUAGCAGUUUCUCUGAAACUGCUAUGUUUACUAAAAAAGGUUAACCCUAGAAGGACCUGGCACCCAGACCACUUCAUUAAGCUGAAGUGGUCUGGGUGCCUAAAUGUCCUUUAAGAAGAAAUACUUUCCUAGUUUGUUGCAAAAUUAUUAAGUGCUUUAAACUGGGUUGUUUGCCUUUUUUUUUUUUUUUUAUUCCAAGAGUUUUUAUUGAGCGUGAAAGAAUACUUUACAAACAGUGUUUAAGCAUUGCUUCGGUUAUUACAGAAUUCUCAUAACAUACAGGACUACAAAGUAAUAUAUCGACUCUAUAAUGAACUGUUCCUCUAUCUAACGAUUAACACUGGACUAGUACAUUUGCCUUAUUUUAUAUCAACAGCAAAAACGAUUUAUUAGCAGCCACAUAAUAACAUUUGUACCAGCAAGGGUUGUAAGUGUUUGAAUUGCAAGCAGCAGUCAAAUUGUUUGGAUUAAAAAAAAACCAAAAAAACUUUUUCUGAAUUUGACGAGUUUGGCCCAGAAAUCAGCCUUCCGGCGAUGUUUAGUCUAGGUGAAAUCUGGACUAAAUUCAAGCCUGUUUGUGACUUGAAAAACACGGACAUUUUUAAAUAUUGUGAACUAUGUCUGCACUUUGCUGUCCCAGUGGCCUGUAUGCAGCCCGAUGGUUUUGUCCCUUUCAGUACAAGGCCAGUCGUACUUUAGUGAAUUACCCAGCAAAUAUUACCUAUUAAGAAAUGCUAUUAAUUUACCGUACUGUUUUCUUAUUUGUAUCUACAUUAUUUGUGUGAGGGGCAAAUAAGGCUGUAUAGGAAGCGUACAAAGAGUAGCAUAGGGAGAGAUAAGUUGAUUGAGGUGUGCCUGAACCGACGUCGCAGUAGACCUGUAAUAAAAGAGGAUACAAAUAAGAAACAAGUCCUGCGCUCAAACUCUCAUUACUCCUGGGCGGCAGCAAUGACCAUAGUACACAUUAGCCAAAAUACAUAUAGUAAAAACAAAGAAAAAAGUUACCUGCACUUUUUCCACAUUUUUUUUAACAAAUGGAGGUUUUUAGUUACUUCCAAUGGCCAUGAGAGGGUAUGCCCACCUGCCACGUCAAGGCAGACCUCUUAGGUGGGUCCUAACUCUAACCAUUCACCUUGCUUCCUUGAGCUUCUGGCAAAGAUAGCUCUUCCCUCUGUAAUAAAAGAGGGCCCACCCAUGAGGUGUAAUGAAAAGUAUAGGGUCGUUAACCAUGGGUCGUCAACCUGGUCCCUACCGCCCACUAGUGGGUGUUUCAGGAUUCCAGGUGGGCGGUAGGGAUUUUGGCGGCUAAAUCCUCUUUUUGAGAGGUUUUCUCCUUUUUAGAGUGGGCGGGCGGGCGUGAGCGGCUGGGGGGGCGCAAGAUUUCAGUGACCGGUAGGAAGGAAGCACUCCCUUCUGCCAGGCCACCUUCUGGACCCCCCGGUGUGGUAGAGUUCUAAUCCGAGGCAGCGAGGGAGCUCUAACCUCUCUGCUCUGCGCGAUGUUUACUGAUGCCGCGGAGCCGGAAUAUGAUGUCAUAUUCCAGCUCCUGGCAUCAGUAGACAGCCCGUGAGGGAGCAGAGCAGAGAGGUUAGAGCUCCCUCUCCGCCUCGGAUUAGAACUCUGCCGCCCGCUGAAGUGAAGCCCCACUGGACACCAGGGACAGAUCCACACCAGCUCUCCAGGUAGGGAUGCUGGGUGGACAUUUAAUAUUAAUAAUUUGUGUGUCUGUAAGUGUAUUUGUGAUUAUGUAUGUGUGUGUGUCUGUAAGUAUAUGUGUGUGUGUCUGUGAGUGUAUGUGUGAGUGUGUGUAUGUUUGUGUGUAUGUGUGUAACGGCACCCCCAGGCAUAAAAGGGUUAAACCGCCGUUUAGAAGAUCUUCCCCUUCCAGAGAUGCAGGCACAGCUACUGUAGAACACCAAACUCCCGAACCGCAAAUAAGGGAAUGCUCCAAUCUCCCGAACUGCAUACAAUAUAGCACUCCAAACUCCCGAACUGGAACCAUACGAAUAGCUGCUAGCAGACGAAUAGGAAAAGCACCCAAGCGGCUUACACUCCUAGCAAUCAGUCUCUAUCAGCAUUCAGUAAAUCCCCUCAAAGACGAGACAAGGCUCCGUGUUGAGGGUCACGCAGUGGUCUGUUUAAUGAAGGCUACCUGCCCAGUAUUUAUGCAGGUCUCCCACCUGGUGAACACUCCCCUAGGGGACCAAAUGGGAGACUGUAACAAAGGACAGACAAGUAUCAAUUUAGGAUACACAGUCACAUUAUAUUCCCACAAUGCAUCCUGGCUUCCUCCCCUCUGCUCUGGAGAUAAUUGAGAAGUAAUUCAAUUAUCUCCCAGGACAAAGGCAAAUCGCCAUUAUGCACGUGGUAAUACCAAUACAGGAGUUAAUAUUAAAAUACACUAUGUGACAAAAGUUACAAUGAAUAUAUACAUUUAACAUAUCCCCAGAUAGCUCAGGUCUGAGCGCACAUUAUUAAGCGAAUGGCGCUCAGACCACACAAAUACAGUUUAAUCGCCUUUGAGCUAAAGUGUUCAUAAAGUCAGUUCUCAUACGAAUGAACUCCACGGGAUUCCUAUCUGGGGUAUGGUGUAGUCAGGUACAACUACCGAAUACAGGGCCGUUCGUGCACUUCCACCGAACAAGAAGGGAGAUCGGCGGCUUCAGCGGUGUUCGCGCCAAAAGGCAUCCGUUUUCAGUUCCAUGAGUUGGAACCGCUGUGCGUUCGCGUGUUUAAAAUGGCCGCGACUUCGAGUUCGGUAUACGAAUGGUGGCCACCCAGUAUUCGUCAAUUAAGCUGCGGUUAACCACAGCUUCUGGGAGGCUAAUUGCCGACACAUUCCAGCUCCCAGGUGGUCUAGUCAUUCGUGUGUUAGUUCGGUUGAUUGAAUCUACCGUACACCGGGCAGAAAAGCACAAAUAAGUCUUUUCUGCAGGGGAAACAAAGUCUUUUAACAUGGGGCCUUAAUCCAAAGGCAACAGGCGAGCAACCAGGCUUCUCCAAUGCAAUGUGGCGAGAUUACUCUCGUCACAAUGUGUUUCUCUGUGAGUGUGUGUCUGUAAGUGUAUGUAUGAGUGUGUUUGUCUGUGAGUGUGUGUGUCUGUAAGUGUAUGUGUGAGUGUGUGUAUGUGUUUGUCUGUGAGCAGAGUACUUGUAGAAUAGAAGAAAGAAAGAGCAGAGUAUUUGUAGAAUAGGAGAAAGAAGGAGUAGAGUAUUUGUAAAAAAGGAUAAAGAAGGAAAAGGAGAGAAUUGUUGUUGGCUAAUAAUAGUAAGUGGGCACCUAGCUCAGCCUUCCUACUGGGCAUUGCUAUAAGGAAGGUUAAAAAAACAGAUAAAAGGGAAAACAAAGUGGGAAGGGGAAUUGAGGAGGGAGAGGAGGGGAGCUGAUGCACAGAUGAUAAAUCAUAUUAUGAGCAAACAUAGAAAUCAUCUGAAUAUCACCGAAAGAGGAGACCUUUGUUUGUUCCUUACGAAAAUCGAACCAGAUAUCAAGUAUUUAGUCAGCAUCAACCUCAAGGAUCUAAUUAAUCACUAGUAAAGGUAAUUUCAAUUUACUUUGUUUUCUCAUUAAACUUUAUAAAGUCAAAAACAUUAUAAACAUGCAUAAAGUAGAAAUAAAAAGAUAAAUGUACGUACAUUUAUUUUUUUUAAAAACACCCUCCUUUCUAAAAAAUAUUCUGCACUUGCGUGAAAACUGGUGGGCGGUAAGGAAAUGUUUCAAUCAAGAAAGAUGCUUUAGUGGGCGAUAGGUAGAAAAAGGUUGACUACCACUGGUAUAGAUAGAGGGAGUGGAGUCAUGCGAAUCACUAAAAGCACGUACGGGACGGAGGAAGGUGGGUAGGGGGUUGAAAUAAGAUAACGUGCCCCUCCCACAACUAGGCAAAGCCUUUACAUUUAGUAAAUUACUUUUUUAAAACAUUUUUUGUUCAAUCAAUUUUGCUGUUUUUGUUUCCAUCAAAAAAUUUGCUUUCUAUGCAUAUUGAAAUGAACAAAAAAAAUUUAAACAUUACUUUCCUAGGCACCCAAAAUACUCAGAUUCCGGUAGUGAUUUUUUUUUUCUCAAACCAAAAAAAAUACAAAAAACAAAAGGUGUGCUAAAACUAAUAUAGCUAUUUAAUACAAAAUACAAAUGUGCUAAAACUAAUAUAAAACUAAUUUAGCACAUAACAUCUCGUAAAUCAUUUAAUGUAUACUUUAUCAUAGUAACCUGCUGUAUUAGUAAUUACAUUCUAGUGCCAUAAUUAUUGGGGAUUGUGGGAACUACUCUGUUGUAACUACCACUCUCCACUUCCACAUGCUUUCAGAUAUGAUUGGUCCUGCUUGGGGUACUUCCUCAAUCCUCCAACGUGCUUGCUUCACUGCCAACAUAUCAGUCAAAACAUCCUUUAUUUAUCCUCUGUACUUGCAGACAAGAGUAGCACUGUGACAUGGACUAGGAGAACCACGUGUAAGAGAGCUCUCCUCUCAUUAUCACGCAAUACUGUGCUUAAACUUGUAUUUAUUUUUAUAUUUGCUAGCAGUUCUGCCUGCACACUUUUUCCCCUAAUCCUGACCAUAGUCCUAAUCCUUAAAGCAACCAUUAAUCCAACCCAUAAUCCAAUCCACAAUCCAAGUCCUAAUCCAACCUUUAAUCCAAUUUAUAACCCAACUCAUAUUCUAAUUAUUUUCAAAAACCCAUAAUUAACCAAAUAGUGCUAAAACAUACAAAUAAAAUACACCAAUCAUGAUUAAAUCUCCAGAGACAAAAAGAUGGUACUUGACUGACUGUGGAGCAGUAAAGAAGGAGGAGGGGAGGUGCUGACUAUUAUACUGGGACUUGGUAUGGGAGUGGCUUAUCAUUAUGUGUAUCAUUUUUUUUCUUACUGUUUGUAUUCUUUGCUGCUAUUGGUGGACAGUAAUGAAAGGGAUAAGCAAUACUCGCCUCCGUGUCUUUAAUAAAAUCAUGUCUUUUCGUCAUGUAAUAGCAAAAUCAUGUAAUUUAUAACUCAACUCAUAUUCUAAUUAUUUUCCUACCCCUAAUCCAGCAUCUAAUCAAACCCAUAAUCCCAAUUUUAAUCCAUAACCUAACCCUAAUCCUCAGGGCUGGUGCAAGGAUUUUUGCUGCCCUAGGCAAAAUAAAAAUGUGCCGCCUGCCCCCAUGUGACAUCACAAUGCCAUAUGAUCUGCCAUAUGAUCGAACGCCAGUGCUGCACACAAUGUGUGUUUACAUUAAAAAGCCUGCAGAGACCGGCUAUAGACACUAGAACCACUACAGUAAGCUGUAGUGGUUCUGGGAACUAUAGUGUCCCUUUAAUGUGUGGGAAAAUAGAGAGUAGUGCCACGAAUAAUAUACUAGAUUGCCUACUUACAACCCGAUGAGGAUGAUGAGGGGCUCUGGCUGCGUCUGGCUCCAAUGGUAUGGUGUAGAACAGGCUCUCUGGUGGCUGUUUGUAACUGUGGUCACAAAAGGCGCUAAAGUAAUUUAAUUUGCCAUAUUAGCAUAAAAAGGGCUAUGAGCAGCACUCACUGCAUGAUGAUCGAUGCGGUCAAUGGCGCUCUGCACUGCAUUACGACAUUUUUGUAGUUUCUCUGACUGUCUGCAGCCAAGUUGUGAAUUAAAAGAAGCUCAAUUAGUUCUGUUAGGGGCUGAGCUAUGUGCAGACACUGAUAAGAAAGUCUUUCUGGCAUGAAAGGGCAUAGCUAAAGAGAAGCUGCACUCUUCUUCAAAUAUAUAUAUACAUAUAUAUUUUUUGUGCAAAAUGUAUGAAGAUUUAAGUGUGUAAAAAACACAGUGUAGUAAUGAGUCCAAAACAAAUAGCACGUAACGAGAGAGACAUAUUGUUGCCUAAAUAAAACGUACGCUCAAUCGCUGAGCCCCUAGCAUGUAACCAGAGAGACAAUCAACUUUCUCACAGUAGUAGGUUAUGGACUGAAUGGUCUGUCCAAAAUUUGAAUGGUUGAGGACCCCUAAGCCACAUCUUCAAUAACAAUUUCAAGCAUGCAUUUUCUUAAUAUAGAGAAGCAGUAAACCGGAUAGGGCGGCUGGUAAACACUGACCUCCCUAUUCGGCGACUGCAACACCAAGCAGACACUCCAGUGGUGUCUUGGAGCUUAACCCCUAAUGUAUGAAACAAAUAGUGACAACAAUCUACUUACCAGAGUAAAAACUCCGUAAGUGGUUGUCAACUGGAAAUUGAUAGCAAAGGAAAUAAUAACAAAAUUAUAAUGGUAUUGAAAUGUGCAUAUUAACCCAUAUUAAUCGAAGAAAUGAAAGAUCAAAAGAAGUUAUCCAAAGCCAAAUGGCUAAAGCUCUCUUUACUCUAAAUGGAAUACUUCCUAAUUGCCAGGCUUCAGCCUUUAAUAAAUAUGGUCUAUAACUGGAAUAGGAUUUAGUAUAUAGGUUAGUAAACAGCCUAGGUAGUGGAUUUCAGAUAUCAGAAUAACAGCUCUAUAGAUAGCUAAUAGAGAGUUUAGAAGAGAUGAGGAGAAAGGUAUAAAUGCUUAAUCCAGAUAAUCUCUUAAGGCGAAGUAGAGAAAAUAAACGUUAUUAUGUGAAUUUGUUGUUGCAAACCACAUCUAUCGACUGAUUGUAACACUGCAAUUGCUAUAUGAAAAUUGCAAUUGCUAUAUGAAACAGUGUUGCGAUAAUGUUGCUGUUAGAACUGGAUGUUUAUAUAGUAGCCCUAUCAUAUCAGUCUUAGGACUUGCUUAAAUGGUAGUGAUAUGUAACCUAUGGCUGUUAGGGAUAUAGUAAUAAGCGGUGCCUCAGCAUUUCUAUACGGCUCUAUCUUGAGCCGGAUACAUAGUCUUAGGUAAUAAGUCCUAUGGGAUCACAAUGUAAGGGUUCGAUUCCGGAGAGGGAGCCUGAGAAACGGCUACCACAUCCAAGGAAGGCAGCAGGUGUGCAAAUUACCCACUCCCGACGCGGGGAGGUAGUGAAAAUAAAUAACAAUACAGGACUCUUUCAAGGCCCUGUAAUUGGAAUGAGUACACUUUAAAUCCUUUAACGAGGAUCUAUUGGAGGGCAAGUCUGGUUCAGAGCGACUGACCCGUCCGUGCUGCAGCUGAAACUCCACUAUCGCCUGCUGCUGCUCGCACAGUCUCUCCAGCAUGUGCAAGGUGGAGUUCCACCUUGUGGGCACGUCGCAUAUGAGGCAGUGAGCGGGAAGGCCGGAGUUACGCUGCAGCGCAGACAGUCGAGCAGCAGCAGGGUGAGAACGCCGAAACCAUGCACAGACGGCUCGCACUUUCUGCAGCAGCUCUGAUAUAUCUGGGUAGUUUUUCAGGAAUUUCUGCACCACCAAAUUCAGCACAUGGCAAGGCAAGGGAUGUUUUUUAAAACCGGCUAGGCCCAGAGCUGCUACGAGAUUUCACCCAUUAUCGCACACCACCAGGCCGGGCUUGAAGCUCAGUGGCAAGAACCACUCAUCGGUCUGUUGUUCCAUGCCCGUCCACAGCUCCUGCGCGGUGUGGGGGUUUUCCCAAAAACAUAUUAGUUUUAAAACAGCCUGCUGUCGUUUCCCCCUGGCUGUGCUGAAGUUGGUGGUGACUCCUCAUGCUCACCCGAUGAGGAGGUGGUAGAGGAGGAGGAAGCAGAGUAGGAGGAGGAGGCAAAGAGAAAUGCCUUGCAAUCCUCGGUGGCGGAAGGACAUGCGCCAAACUGCUAUCCUCCUCAGGCCCAAACUAACAGAUGGUUUAUGUCAGGCGACAAUGUAACCACCAAUAGUCAACAAUUAAGUUCACUGACAGUAAGGCAGUGCCGGUCUCCUAAAGAGAAAACAUUUCUAGAGGUCAUACAACAGUGUGACAGGCGUAAUUAAUACAGUUACUUCACUGUCUCAAAAAAGUGUGAUUUUUUUAAACCAACAAUGUAAGAGUAGUAUUUAAGGAUUUUAUUGGACUGCAAGAAAUGCACCGCAGGCCGCAAAUGUACUAUUUAGCACCAAAAAAAUUUGAAUUUUUCAAACUGCGAUGUAACCACAGGAUUUGACGGUUCUAUUUGACUCUCAGAUAUGAAGUGCACCCCCCAAAUGUACUAUUUAGCACCAAAAAAAAUUUGAAUUUUUCAAACUGCGAUGUAACCACAGUAUUUGACGGUUCUAUUUGACUCUCAGAUAUGAAGUGCACCCCCCAAAUGUACUAUUUAGCACCAAAAAAAAUAGAAUUUUUCAAACUGCGAUGUAACCACAGUAUUUGACGGUUCUAUUUGACUCUCAGAUAUGAAGUGCACCCCCCAAAUGUACUAUUUAGCACCAAAAAAAUGUGAAUUUUUAAAAGUGCGAUGUAACCACAGUAUUUGAUGGUUCUGUUUGACUCUCAGAUAUGAAGUGCACCGCAGGCAGCAAAUGUACUAUUUAGCACCAAAAAAAUUGUGAAUUUUUAAAAGUGCGAUAUAACCACAGUAUUUGUCGGUUCUAUUUGACUCUCAGAUAUGAAGUGCACGCCCCAAAUUUACUUUUUAGCACCAAAGAAAUGUGAAUUUUUCAAAGUGCGAUGUAACCACAGUAUUUGACAGUUCUAUUUGACUCUCAGAUAUGAAGUGCACGCCCAAAAUGUACUAUUUAGCACCAAAAUAAUUAGAAUUUUUAAAAGUGCGAUGUAACCACAGUAUUUGAUGGUUCUAUUUGACUCUCAGAUAUGAAGUGCACGCCCCAAAUAUACUAUUUAGCACCCAAAAAAUGUGCAUUUUUAAAAGUGCGAUGUAACCACAGUAUUUUACGGUUCUAAUUGACUCUCAGCUAUGAAGUGCACACCCCAAAUCUACUUUUUAGCACCAAAAAAAAUGUGAAUUUUUAAAAGUGCAAUGUAACCACAGUAUUUGACGGUUGUAUUUGACUCUCAGAUAUGAAGUGCACCGCAGGCAGCAAAUGUACUAUUUAGCACCCAAAAAAAAUAGAAUUUUUCAAACUGCGAUGUAACCACAGUAUUUGACGGUUCUAUUUGACUCUCAGAUAUGAAGUGCACGCCACAAAUUUACUUUUUAGCACCAAAAAAAUUUGAAUUGGUCUAACUGCGAUGAAACCACAGUAUUUGAUUUAACCACAGUAUCUGACUCUCAGAUAUGAAGUGCACCAGAAUUCUUUCCUAAUUUGUCCAUCACAGCUGCAGCAUCCUCUUCCUACAUUAAUAAGAGCUCAUGUGACUCCAGCUUAUAUAGAGACUGGGUCACAUGCUGCACUGGCCAAUCACAGCAAUACCAUUAGUAAGCAUGGCUGUUAUGGCUUCUAAGGGCACACGUGUCAAACUCUUGUUGAUUGGAUGCAGCUUUUUAAAAUGCGCCAUUAAAUCGCAGAACACCGAACUUGAUCCCGAACUGUUACUGAAAUGUCCGUGUUCGGGUUUGGGGUCCAAAAAUCGUAAUGUUCGGUACGAACCUGAACUGUAAAGCUCUAAUUAAGAGAUUAUUUGGAUUAAGCAUUUAAACCUUUCUCUUCUAAACUCUCUAUUAGCUAUCUAUAGAGCUGUUAUUCUGAUAUCCACUACCUAGGCUACUUACUCACCUAUAUACUAAAUCCUAUUCCAGUUAUAGACCACAUCUAUUAAAGCUUGAAGCCCGGCAAUUAGGAAGUAUUCCAUUUAGAGUAAAGAGAGGCUUAGCCAUUUGGCUUUGGAUAACUUCUUUUGACCUUUAAUUUCUUCGAUUAAUAUAUGUAUCAAUCAAAAUACACUUAGAAUGAAUAUAUAUAUAUAUAUAUAUAUAUAUAUAUAUUAAUAAAUAAAAAUAAUACAAACUAAAUAUAUAUCCAUAUACAGUUACAUAAAUAAUUUCAUAAAUAUACACGUAGACAUCAAAUAUAAAUAUAUAUAUAUAUAUAUAUAUAUAUAUAUUUAAAUUCUAUGUGCAUAUUUAUGUAAUAUUUUUACAUAAUUAAGUAAUUUUAUUAAUUUCAGUUUGAGGAACCUGCCUGACAAACCAGGCUGAAAUUUCAGUCCAGAGAAUUUUAUUUAGUAGCACUGUAUUUAGCCCUGUAACUUUCCAUGACAUCCUAAAACCUGCACAUGUGGGGUUCUGUUUUACUUGGGAGACUUCGCUGAACACAAAGAUUACUGUUUCAAAACAGUAAAUCAUAUCACAGCAAUGAUAUUGUCAGUGAAAGUGAAGUUUUUUGCAUUUCUCACACACAAACGGCACUUUCACUGAUGAUAUUGUUGUGAUACAUUUUACUGUUUUGAAACACUAAUAUUUGUGUUCAGUGAAGUCUACCGAGUAUAACAGCACCCCCCAUGUACAGGUUUUAUAGUGUUUUUGCAAGUUACAGGGUCAAAUAUAAGGUUAUGUUGCCCUUGAGAGCGUAUGGUAGCCCAGGAAUGAGAAUUACCCCCAUGAUGGCUUACCAUUUGCAAAAGAAGACAACCCAAGGUAUUGCAAAUGGGGUAUGUUCAGUCUUUUGUAGUAGCCACUUAGUCACAAACACUGGCCAAAGUUAGCGUUCAUAAUAGUUUUUUGCAUUUUUAACACACAAACCAAUAUUAAUGCUAACUUUGGCCAUGUAACAUAUUCAUCCUCACCUUGCAGUGUUUGUGCUCAGCAUUCAUGCUUCUGUGUACUUGACUCCUGCAACAUGUUGGUGGACGCCGGCCGCUGCGGACCCACGCCAAAUUAUAGCCACACGUUGAUGAUGAUGACAUCAGCGUGCGUGUGACAUCACACGGGAGACACCCGCACGUUCUGGGGUCAAAGGCUGAUCUCAUCCAAUCAGAUUUGUAAAAUUAUUUAAAGGCAUUUUUACUUUUCCUCAUUGCCCUUUCGUGGUUUUCCUUAGUGGUUGUCCGAGAGUGUGUUCCUGAGCGUUUUUUUCUGGUUAUUGACUUUGGCUUAGUUUUGGCUUACCUGUAUUCUGGUAUCCCUGACUUUUGGCUUUCCCUUAUCGUUGUAUCCCAUUCCGUGUCCCCGACUUUGGCAAGUAUUCUGAUUAUUCUCUGGUACAUAAGCCGCUUAAGGACUGGACUGUUUUUGCAAUGUUGUACAUUUGCGACCAGGCCUCUUAUUACACUUUUGUGGUGUUUGUGUUUAGCUGUAAUUUUCCGCGCUCUCAUUUACUGUUCCUAUACAAAUUAUAUAUUUUUUUUUCAGGACAAAAAGAGCUUUUUUUACAUACCAUUAUUUAUAUAAUCUCAUGUAAUUUAAUUAAAAAAAAAAUGAUGAAAUAUUUAAAAUAAUACAUGUUUUUUUACUUUUACUUGAAAAAUCUUUUACUCAUCUACAAAAGCGAAUGAAAAAAACUGCUAAAUAGAUUCAAAAUUUUGUCCUGAGUUUAAAAAUACCCAGUGUAUAUGUGCUUUUUUGCUUUUUUUUUGCAAGUUAUAGGGCUAAAGGUACAAGUAGGAUAUUGCGGUUUCAAAACAUAAAUUUUUAAAAUUUAUCAAUAGUGACAUUGUAACACUAUUAUCUGUCAUAAAUCUCUGAAUAACACCCCACAUGUAGAUAUUUUUUUAAAGUAGAUAACCAAGGGUAUUCAAUAUGGGGUAUGUCCAGUCUCUUUUAGUAGCCACUUAGUCGCAAACACUGGCCAAAGUUAUUUGUGUGUGAAAAAAGUAAAAAACUAAAUUGAACACUAAUUUUGGCCAGUGUUUGUGACUAAGUGGCUACUAAAAAAGACUGGACAUACCCCAUUUGCAAAACCUUGGGUUGUCUUCUUUUGCAAAUGGUAUGCCAUCAUGGGGGUAAUUCUCAUUCUUGGGCUACCAUAAGCUCUCAAAGGCAAAGUAACCAACCUGGCCAUUUUCAAUGUAAAAAUAUUUGACCCAUGUAUUUGACCUCGUAAAUACCCAUGUAUUUAACCUCAUACUGUUAUACUCAGGAGACUUUGCUGAACACAAAUAUUAGUGUUUCAAAACAGGAAAACGUAUCACAACAAUUAAAUCAUCAGUAAAAGUGCUGUUUGUGUGUGAAAAUUGCAAAAAAAGUCACUUUCGCUGACAAUAUCAUUGUUGUGAUAUAUUUUACUGUUUUGAAUCACUAAUAUUUAUGUUCAGCGAAGUCUCCCAAGUAAAACAGUACCCCCCAUCUACAGGUUUUAGGUUGUCAUAGAAAGUUACAGGGUAAAAUACAGUGCUAGCAAAUUAAAUUCUCUGGACUUUGGCCUGGGUUGGCAGGCAGGUCCCUCAAAUUGCAAUCAAUAAAAUUACUUAAUUAUGUAAAAAUAUUACAUAAAUACGCACGUAGAAUUUAAAUAUAUAUGCAUAUUUAUAUAUUUGAAGUCUACAUGUAUAUUUAUAUAAUUAUUUAUGUAAUUUUGUAUAUGGACAUAUGUAUAUUUUGUAUUAUUUUAAUUUAUUUAUAUAUACAUAGAUAUAUAUAUACAAUUUCAUUCUAAGUGUAUUUUGAUAUAAAUAUAUAUUAUAUACAGAUAGAAUAAAAUUUCAUAUAGAUAUAUAAUUUUAUUUUAUUAUUAUUAUUUUUACAUGUUUUUAUUUAAUUUAAAUUACUUAUUUGUAUUUUAUAAUUAUAUAUAUAUAUAUACACACACACACACAUACAAUAUAUAUAUAGUUAUUAUAUAUAUUAUAUAUAUAUAUAUAUAUAUAUAUAUAUACACACACGUGUGUAACUUAAUUAUAAGUGUAUUUUUAGAUUAAUAUAUGUACAUAUUAAUAUAAAAAUACACUUAGUAUGACAUUAUAUAUGAUAUAUAGACAUAUAUUAUAUAUAUAUAAUAUAUGUCUAUAUAUAAUAUAUAUCUAUAUAUAUAUAUAAAUAUAUAUAAACACAUAUAUAAUUAUUUUUGUAUUUAUUAACAUUAACAGUUUUUUUAAUUUUUUUAUUUUACACUACCAGGGAGACUGCCUGUCAGCACAGACAGUCCCCCUGCAGGCAGACACUAGGACACCUAUUGUGACCAGGUGAUCGCUCUGUUGAGCGAUCACAUGGUCCCCGGGGUCCUAAUUUGCCAUGGGGAGUUUGUCUGGGCUGCAGGCAGUCUCCCCACACUGGGAGCACCGCCGAUCGCCACCGGGGUAACAACGGCGAUCGGGUAAGUACAUUACACCGUUAGGACGGUUCAGGACCGUCAGCGGUCGGCAAUGCUAAAAUGCAGAUGACGGUCCUGAAUCGUACUCGGCCCUGAAGGGGUUAAGUCUGGCCAUUCUAAGUCCCGGCAAGACGUUACCUUUUAGUCCUAGGUGUGAUACAAUUCUACGUGCUGGAUCAAAUAGUAAUCCUGACAGGCUAGUGUUUGUGACUAAGUAGCUACUAAAAAAAGACUGGACAUACCCCAUAUUGAAUACCCUGGGUUGUGUACUUUAAAAAAAAAAAGGUGAGGUGUGAUUCAGAGAUUUAUCACAGAUAACAGUGUUACAAUGUCACUAUUGAUAUAUUUUUAAAAUAUAUAUUUUGAAACAGCAAUGUCCUACUUGUACUUUUAGCCCUGUAACUUGCAAAAAAGCUAAGAAAAUGUUAGCAUUGAUAUUUCUAAAUUCAGGACAAAAUUUAGAAACUAUUUAGCAUUUGUGUUUUUUUGUGGUUGUAGAUGCGUAACAGAUUUUGUGUGUCAAAGUUGAAAAAAAUGUGUUUUAAAAAAUUUGUUCAUCUUAUUUUAUAAUUUGUUUUAAUUGUUAUGUUAAUGAUAUGAUAUGAUGAAAAUAAUGGUAUCUUUAGAAAGAUCAUUUAAUGGAAAAUGACAGCUAAACACAAACACCACAGAAAUGUAAAAACAGCCCUGGUCCUUAACGGUAAGAAAAUUGAAAAACGGUCUGGUCACUAAGAGUUUAAGAAGAAAAAAACACUCACAAAAAGCAGGUACAUUAAGUCUGAAGUAUUCAAAUGUGUUAUUUCCUAUAUAGCAUCAGCCUAGAAGUCCUGGGAGUAUCAAAAGCAGCAUGACCUCUUUGGUUCUCUCCAUGCAAGAUAAGUCUCAUCACUGUUUUCAUAUUCAGUCUUUAACCUAAGCAUUUCAUCACUAACACAUUAAUUUCUUAGGUCCCAUUGGGUAACUUACUCACUGUUGGCGGUGAAAUAUAUAAGACGACCGGGAGAAUCAUCAACAGAAGACUUUUAUUUGAGUAAAAAAAAAGAAUGCUCUUUUCUUUUUGCAGCCCAAUGUAAAUCAUUUCAUGUUGAGUUUUCUGUCUUCUUUUAGAUCAGCAGCAGGAAAAGGUGUGUGAAAGAGUGAACAUAAUGGACAGUACAUACAGUGAACAGGCAACAAAAUGAUUUUUAUAAUCAAUUGAAGUUGAGUCAAGAUAACUACCUGUAACGGCACCACACAGGCAUAAAAGGGGGUAAAAGCCGCUUAGUAGAUAUUCCCCUUCCAGAUAUACAGGCAGCUACCAAAGACACCAAUCCGCCGAACAGGAAACCAUGUGAAUGCCAUAAACAGCCGAAUAAGAAAAACCAUAUGAAUAGGUUUACACUCCUAGCAGGCGAACUGGAACAGCAUACAAUAAAUCUCCCCAAGAACGAGACAAGGCUCUGUUUUGAGGGUCAAGCAGUAACAGACAGAGCUGUGUCUUUAUUGGCCUUAUAUACACAUUUUACAGACAAGUCCCACCCACAGGGUUUUGCAGAACAACCAAUUAAUACGUGCAAUACACUCAGACACUCCCAGCAAUUACAAACAAAAUCCUCCUCUCUGCCUGUGAUAUAAUUACUGAGCACAAUGGGCUGACGUAAUUAUCACAGGCAGAAAAAUACUAAAUUUUACACAAUAUUCCUAACUUUAAAAGUAUACAUCACUAUGGCAUAAUUUCUUACAUUUUCAGAAUCCACAUACUCCAAAUACAAACAUAUGUCAAAAUCAUACAAAUUGGUCCAGUGGUUCAAAAGUUAGUUGGAAAUCCCUUUUUGACCAACUGCAAGCAUGGCUUGGGUGUGGUAAGCCAAUUAUCUUCAGCAUACAGAAAUAUCUCCAUUUACAACAACAGUAAAAACACAUAAUUCCUAUCAUACUGAACAGAACCCCCACAUUCAACCUAUCCCCAGAUAGCUUGGAUCUGAGCGCUCAAUAUAUCCAAACAGCGCUCAGAUCCCACGAACACAGUCAAAUCGCCAUGGAGUUAAAGUUUAGCAACAAGUUCCAACUGAUCUGGCAGUGUCCCUGGGACAACACCCUGCUAGAGAACAAUAGUCAGGAAACAGAGGAGGGGCACACCUUCUCAUGUAUUCAAAGGGGAAGAAAAAGUGUUUCAAAAUCCAAUAAGCCCAAAUAAUGCUUACACUGGGCAAAGUCUCCCAGGGGCCAUAGUCACAUGGCAGGAGGCUGGCAAUCAGUCUUCUCCAAUGCCCAGUGGCGAGGCUGGUUCCGCCACACUACCAGAUGCAAAUAUUACAGCCGUAAUCAUCAUAAUAAUAAUGUAGCUGUAGAUGUAGCAGCUUAAUGUAGUUGUUCUGUUGAGUAUAAUCAUUCCCUGCAGGCAUUUUCAUGCAAACACUGCCUUUUUCUGUGCAACACUGCCGUUCAGCAUCUCUGCGCUCUGAAUGGAGACACUCAAUUUUCCUCAUAGAGAUGCAUUGAUUCCUAUUGCUUAUAGGACAACCCAGCAUUUGGCCCAUCUCCAUGCUGAUUGGCUGAAAUCGUAAAUUCUAAUUAUGUUAGCAAGCAGUUGGAUCGGGGGCAGGGCAAGUGCCAGAAGACCUGCGUGGCGCUGGAAAUAAGGUAAGUUUCCUUACCUGACAAGGGGGCUAAGAGGGGAGCAAGCCACCUAAAUGAUGGUUUUAACACAAUAGGGCCAGGAAUACAUAUUUGUGUUUCUGACCCUGUAGUGUUCCUUUAAAUUUGAAAUUCACCUUACAUUUUCAGUUAAGCAAAUAAUAAAAUAGUCUCAAAAAUGUAGCAUUGUCUGAAAUGCUAGGAAAUAAUCAGAUACAUUUGCUACAUAGAGUAGGUAUGACAAAUUAGGUAAAUAUAAAUUAUUGAAAAUCAUCAGUAAGGAUAUUGGUACAAGACCUUGUGGCUUUUUUGCAUGGGUGUAACUUACUAAAAUGUCACCAGAAUGUAACAAUAAUGCCUGAAUGUGGACACAGCAAGUACACAUCAGGCAUAUGUACAAUAUUGCAGGAUGCAGUUAGAGCCUGCACAUAAUCCAUAUAGUAAACUCAGAGCUCACCAUCAAUGGCUACUAGAAAACUACUCUGACACUUGUCUUAAAAUGGUACUUUCACUCCUCUUCCUGAAAAAUGAGUAUUUGGGAAUGAUAGUAUCUUUUAUGAAAUACUCAUAUUGACUGUGUUUGAAAUUUCACUGAAAGAGACAUACAGAGACAAAGUAGGGACCCACCAGAAAGGACAGGUUCAGGAAGUAAAUCUCAUCUUUAAUUGAUCCCUCUCCCAGAGGGACGUCCAUGUCAGGGGUCUUUGCGAGUUUGACAGGCAGUGACAAUGCAGCUUUAAAAGUCUGCUGUGUCAUUCAAGAAAAGGUGGGAAGUGUCAUUUAGAGUCCCUAUGUUGAAAUGCAGAGGGACAGGGACAUGUGUUCCUCUGAAUAUCAGCACUAGAGCAAAAGUGAAGAUAAAUAAGAAGGCAUGGCCUGUAAUUGUGGGAGGGGUUACCCAGCUAUAAAAGCUCAGGCCCCCUCCAUAUCAGAACCGUCACCACUAGGUUCAUUCAGUACCCCUGACUUCCGGUUCCGGUCCACUCACCUCGACCUUGCUCCACGCUGGUCCAGUAUCCCGCCUUACCUUACUCCGGCUAGGCCUCACCUGGGUCCACCGACGAGGCUUCCAGGUCUUCAGCUCUCCCAGACUGCACUUACACCACCAGCUCCGGUAACCCGCCCAACAGAUCCGAACCGCUGAACUCUCAUCUCCCCACGACUUCCGAGGUAUAGCUCUGGGUCUUGUUUGUACGCAUGAACCGUGAGUUCGUCUGAAAAGGUACCCAUUUACACAGCAUUCGUGCCAAACAUUCAGCAUUCACCCAUACGAAGUUGUCCAUUCGGGACCACUCACACUACGCAUGUGUACUUACCAUUCUUGUGCUAACCUUCGUACAAGCUGGUCGUUCGUCUGAGCAAGUCAUUCUAGACAAACACUCGCUAUACACACAGUUGCUCAACUACGACCUCAAGCGGCCAAAUUACAUUAUGACAGCAUUUAAAAUACUACUCUUCAUGUAACAUUGUAUUUAACCGAUUUCUCUUGUUCUCAUUAAAUACAUGUCACUCAUUAUGUUUUUGCAAUCAGGUCUCCGUUAACAUUAGAAUACGGUAGAAGUAAUGUCUGACAAAUAGAGUAAUUGCACCCUGGUUAGACUAAAAUUAUCCAUCUGCUCUGUUACAUUAAACAAUAUGAAGUUUACGUCUCAUAUUCUUGGCAGUUCCUAAACUCUCUAAUUGCCUUUCCCCCACACUAGGUAUUUAUCAAAAUUGUAUUACUCCUCGUGGUUGCAUUUGACUGCCUCAGUUCACCAAUAUACCCAUUAAAGACGUAUUUCUGUUUCCCUUCAUACGGUAAGUAUAAUCAUGUGCAAUUAUUAUCAUUUUAUAUGCAUACCCCAUGUCUCAUCUAUCCCAUAAUAUUCCCUACAUACGGUUUUCACAUCCAGUCCAACACAUGGUCACUACUGGUCACCAACGUCCAUUUCAUUGGCCACACUCAUAAGUAAAUCACAAGCUCCCUUACCCCUUACCUUAAUUUUUUAGCAAUUUUGAAGUAUACUGCUAAACAACUUUAGCACACUCAAGCUUAUCCCUCACCGUAAUGUCCAAUCCCCUCCUUUGUAUUUACUUGGCACGCAUGAGAGUGACCACAUGUUCCCUCACGUUCUCGUCCAUACUUUAUUUACGGGCCUUACCAUCACUUCUGUCCCCCAGAACUUUGGGGAAUCAUUGGAUUUUUACUCCCAGCACACGUUACAGGUAUACCGAAUAUCACCUCAGCUCUUGUCUUUAUAUACUUUACCAUAUUGUGUAGAGGAUAACUGUAAUUUUAUCCUCAGAUAACCAUUACUAGCAAUUCCCGACAGAACCACUGUCAUCAUUUCCACAGGUGAGUUGUACUUACAAUAUAUAUAUAUAUAUAUAUAUAUAUAUAUAUAUAUAUAUAUAUAUAUAAUAUAUAUACACAGUUGCAAGAAAAAGUAUGUGAACCCUUUGGAAUAAUAUGGAUUUCUGCACAAAUUGGUCAUAAAAUGUGAUCUGAUCAUCAUCUAAGUCACAACAACAGACAAUCACAGUCUGCUUAAACUAAUAACACACAAAGAAUGAAAUGUUGCCAUGUUUUUAUUGAACACACCAUGUAAACAUUCACAGUGCAGGUGGAAAAAGUAUGUGAACCCCUAGACUAAUGACAUCUCCAAGAGCUAAUUGGAGUGAGAUGUCAGCCAACUGGAGUCCAAUCAAUGAGAUGAGAUUGGAGGUGUUGGUUACAGCUGCCCUGCCCUAUAAAAAACACACACCAGUUCUGGGUUUGCUUUUCACAAGAAGCAUUGCCUGAUGUGAAUGAUGCCUCGCACAAAAGAGCUCUCAGAAGACCUAUGAUUAAGAAUUGUUGACUUGCAUAAAGCUGGAAAGGGUUAUAAAAGUAUCUCCAAAAGCCUUGCUGUUCAUCAGUCCACGGUAAGACAAAUUGUCUAUAAAUGGAGAAAGUUCAGCACUGCUGCUACUCUCCCUAGGAGUGGCCGCCCUGCAAAGAUGACUGCAAGAGCACAGCGCUGCUCAGUGAGGUGAAGAAGAAUGCUAGAGUGUCAGCUAAAGACUUACAAAAGUCACUGGCAAAUGCUAACAUCCCUGUUAGUGAAUCUACAAUACGUAAAACACUAAACAAGAAUGGAUUUCAUGGGAGGAUACCACAGAGCAAGCCACCGCUGUCCAAACAAAACAUUGCUGCAUGUUUACAGUUUGCACAAGAGCACCUGGAUGUUCCACAGCAGUACUGGCAAAAUAUUCUGUGGACAGAUGAUACCAAAGUUGAGUUGUUUGGAAGAAACACACAACACUAUGUGUGGGGUAAAAAGACACAGCACACCAACAUCAAAACCUCAUCCCAACUGUGAAGUAUGGUGGUGGGGGCAUCAUGGUUUGCUAUCAUCGAAGGAAAAAAUGAAUUCCCAAGUUUAUCAAGACAUUUUGCAGGAGAACUUCAGGCCAUCUGUCUACCAGCUGAAGCUCAACAGAAGAUGGGUGUUGCAACAGGACAAUGACCCAAAGCAUAGUAGUAAAUCAACAACAAAAUGGCUUAAGCCCUGUCAGAGGCCUGACCUCAACCCGAUUGAGAUGCUGUGGCAUGACCUCAAGAAAGCGAUUCAUACCAGACAUCCCAAGAAUAUUGCUGAACUGAAACAGUUCUGAAACAGAAUUACUACUGACCGUUGUGCACGUCUGAUCUGCAACUACAGGAAACGUUUGGUUGAAGUUAUUGCUGCCAAAGGAGGUUCAACCAGUUAUUAAAUCCAAGGGUUCACAUACUUUUUCCACCUGCACUGUGAAUGUUUACAUGGUGUGUUCAAUAAAAACAUGGCAACAUUUCAUUCUUUGUGUGUUAUUAGUUUAAGCAGACUGUGAUUGUCUAUUGUUGUGACUUAGAUGAUGAUCAGAUCACAUUUUAUGACCAAUUUGUGCAGAAAUCCAUAUCAUUCCAAAGGGUUCACAUACUUUUUCUUGCAACUGUGUAUAUAUAUAUAUAUAUAUAUAUUUAUAUAUAUAUAUAUAUAUAUAUAUAAAAAUAAAAAGGUUUUAGGCCCAACCCAGACUUAACCUUUCACAUUUUCCUUUUAGGUUCUCAAGUAUUAAUCAUUCUCUGUAGAGAACCCUAACUAUUUCAUAAGUUAGGUACGUCUCCAUUUUACAUCCUUCUCCCAAUACCCCCACAGACUAGGAUUGGUCAACUGGCUUUUAUUAAUAGCAUUUGUCUCUAGCUUACUGUAAUUAAUCUACUCCCAUGAGGCCAACACCCUUCCUCAUCUGAGGUAUACGCCCCUCGGUCCGACGCAUAGCUAGAGCCUCACAUUAACCACUGUCGGUUUCUAGUUAGUGCCUCACCAAGUCACACCCAAUUAUAUUAUGUUUUGUUACAGUCACCAAGAGGCCAACAUUCCCGCCACAUCAUUCAGUGGUCCCCGCCCACUUGGCCCUUCUCAUAGAUAGAGCCUCUCUCGCCACUUGGCACUAGCAGGGCUCCAACUUCCUUGUAGGUCAGAUAAUAUUUUUGCCUUAGGCUUAGCUAGAGCCAGUUGACACAGGCAUUUCGCUCACAACUAUAGGCCUUAUCUUUACCCAUGUUUUCAUUCUUAGUAUGUCUCAAAUAUCUGAACAAGAUGAGGAACUGGCUAUACCCGAAACCCCAACCAGGCCUUCCACCCCGGUCCAAGCACACCUACCGAGAAUCUAGAACCAUCCAGCCCAUAUUCCCUACAGUCAUGGACUAUCCCUAAGCUCGCAGCUGAAUUAUGGCACAUGGGGGUCCCUUUCCCAGCUACAGCUCGCAAGGCCGAACUCUAUAAAAUAUUUAUUUCCAAUACCUGUACUCUCCAGUCGAGAGUUGUCCUGCAACCCGACAACUAUACCGAAAUCAAGGGUUUAAUGUCAUCUCUCUUUGCCUCUAUCAAUACGAUCAGCGUUAGGCUUCACAAAUUGGAAUCUCCCCAGACAUCGACAGUCAUUCCACCCAUAUUGACCUCCCACGGUAAUGACACCACAACAAACCCAAUACCGAGCACUUCCACUCACAUUAUAACGCCUGCCUACUUCAUACCCCCGACCAUUCAUAAAGACAUCCUGGAAGGCAAGGACAUAAACGUAGUCUCAUUGCUGAUUGCUGCUCAGGACGUUGUUGAGAACAAGGCAUACUGCUAUGGUGGUCUUUCGGUUGUUUUAAAAGCCAGAGACCCCAGACUCAACCGGAAGCUUAGUAAAAACAACAUUAGAAAAGGCUGCGCCACAUAAAAUAUUAAAAACAGAAUAAAAGAAAACAAAGUCCAAAUAAAAAGAAGUCCAACUUGUAUGUCCUUACGAAUAGUCUUUUAAGGAAGCUGGUACAGUGGUAGGGUCUUCAGAUAUAGUAGUGGUUCCAAUUUACAAGAGCUUAUAUCCAGCUCUAGGGUAAGGCGCAUACAGCGGUAUAAUCCCCGCUUACGGGAUAUGUAGUGGGUACCUCUCUGUCAAUGGUGUCCAGAUUUCAGGAAAAAAGAAACAGCCAAUAGUGCUCACUGUAUAACAGUGUCACUAUAAAUUAAAUAAAAAUGUACUUACAAAUAGAGAGCAGACAGACUGCUCUGUGAUAUCAGCAUAAGUGGAUUAAUCCCCACCUAGGAUUUCUUGGGGUGCAGGAAGCUUCCAAACAGUUAUAAAACCAAAAGGGUAAAAAAUAAAAUGAUAAAAAGCCAGGGUCAAAAAUAAGUAAAAAGUUGUGUGUAAAAAAGAUAAUUGGCACAAACAAAUGACCAAAUAUUCUUUUAAUACAAAAAUACACAAUAUAAAAUUUCCAUAAUGCGUUUCGUCAAAAGACUUUUUCAAAUGGAAUAACAUUCAAUACCUGGCAUAUUAGUGUUAUAUAAGAACACAAGUAAUUAGAAUAUUGGCGCCAAAAAUGGUCCAGCCAAUCAGAUUAAGAAUAAAUAAGCGAAUUUAAAACUCAUAAAUAACUAUAUGAGGGGAUACUUUAUAGUAACCUGACAUAUAUAGAAUGUGUUAAUAACUAAAAUGAUGGUGGGAAGAUAUAGAAUUAAACGUUUGAAAUCUCCCACGUGAUUUUCUGCACUUCCGCAUACCGGAAGUAAACCGCACAACCGCAUGGGAGAUGUAGUUUGUAAUGGCCGCGAAUGGCGGCCAGGAAACCAGAAGGGAGGAGGGUGUAAUUUCUGGCUAAGAGUAGGACAUGGCCAUCUUGAGAAGGGCAAAUAGAUGCAAAGGGGCCAUAUUGGGAAUGGCAGGCAUGUAAAUAAAUUUACAAAUACAUAAAGUCCUAUUGUUAUUUUUCACCAUAAGCAUAUAAGUUUUGUAAUGUAAAAUAAAAUGAUAAACAUUGUUAAAUAGCAACAUUAUUUAAAAAAACAGUAUUAAAAAAAACACAUUAUUUUAAAAAACAACAGUAAAAACCUUAAAAAAUACAGAGUAAGAACAGGUUAAAGGUACCGGCGCAAUCACUCAUUGUUAUAAAAAGUUAUGCAGAUCAAAAUCUGCAUUAAGACCAUGGGGUAUAAGGGUCUGGAGAUUAUACACCCAUUCCAUUUCUGUUUUUCCAAGUAGCUUUUUUAUAUCUCCUCCACGCCAAGAGGUAGAACAUUUUUUUAUACCAAUACAUUUAAGUAGAUAUGGAUCUUUGUUGUGCAUAAUAAAGUGUUUGGAUACUGUAUGAUUUAAGUAUCCAUUUUUGAUAUUUCUGCAAUGUUCGCUCAGUCUUAUCUUUAAGCACCUUGUGGUCAUCCCCACAUAUUGGAGGCCACAUGGGCACUCGAGCAGAUAAAUUCUUCGUAUUGCAACAGAUAAAAUCAUAAAUAUUAUACACUUUUUUUGUCAUAUUUGACAUAAAUUGAGUGACUUUAGAUGGAACCGAAGAGUCUGUAGUUCUACAUACUAUACAUUGUUUACAUUUAUAAAAACCUUUCGUCUGAGGAAAAAAGAAAAGUUCUUGGUAGGGGAUUCCUUAGUAAAAUUGGUAGUUAGCAUAGAUUUAAAAUUAGGUGCUCCUCUAAAAACAAUAUUUGGGUGUGUUGGUAUAAUUGGAUUGAGUAUCUCAUCAUGUUUGAGUAUAUGCCAAAGCUUUUUUAUUAUUUUUUAACAUCAUUGCUUUUAUUGUUAAAAUUGAAAAUCACAGGAAGGGAUAUUGGUUCAUUAUUUUCUUUAUUUUUGUAAAUCAAGAGGUCUUGCGUUCUUUUUGUUUUACUAUAUUAAUUGUAUUAUUUAAAUCUGAUUCUAAAUAGUUUUUUUCCAUAAAUUUGUUUUUUAAAAACUCGGCUUGUUCAUUAAAAUCUGUGAUUUCUGAGCAGUUCCUGCAAAGGCGCAAGAAUUGGCUCUUUGGGGCAUUCUCAAGCCAGGGCUUAUAGUGGCAACUAGAUUUAUCUAUAGCCGUAUUUACACACACCUUUUUAAAAAAUGUUUUUGUUUGAAGUUGUCCUUCAUUAAUAAAAAUAUUAAGAUCUAAAAAAUUGAUGGAUUCCUUGUGUGAGAAUAAUACCCCUAUUAUUAAUAUUUAGAUUAUUAAUAAAAGCAAUAAGAUUAUCUUCUGUUCCCUCCCAGAUAAAAAACAGGUUGUCUAUAUAUCUAAAGUAUGACACUAGGUUUGCCCGCCAUGCGUGGUUACCCCAAAUUGCUUGGGUUUACCAGUCUGCCAUAAAUAAAUUGCCGUAACUAGGAGCAAACUAGUCCCCAUAGGAGUACCCCUCUUUUGUAAGUAGAAUUAAUCUAAAAACCAAAAAUAAUAGUUUUUAAAAUGAUAUUUAUACCUUCCAUUAUAAAAUCAAUUUGGGUGGCAGGAAUUUUAGCUUCUGAGGUUAGAAUCUCUUUUAUAGCCUGGCAUCCUAUAUCAUGGGGGAUGAUAGUAUAAAGGGACUGAACGUCACAGGUAACCAGUAUAAAAUUCGAUUUCCAAGUAAAAUUAUUUAAAAAUUUUAAAAGUGACAUAGAGUCUUUCAAGUAGGAUUUCAUAAGUUUGACAGAAGGCUGGAGAAGAGUAUCAAUAUAUUGGGAAAGGUUACACAAAAGGGAACCUAUCCCAGAAACAAUUGGUCUUCCUGGGGGUUGCUGUUCAUUUUUAUGAAUUUUGGGAAAAAAAUAAAUUACAGGAGUAAUAGGGAAUUCUUUAUUUAAAAAAUUAAAUUCGUGUUUGUUUAAAAUAUUUAGGUGCAAACCUUUAUUUAAAAAAGUAGAUAAAAUGGUUUGUAUAUUUUUUUGUGGGAUCAGAUAAGAGUUUUUCGUAUACAUUUAUAUCUUUCAAUUGCCUAUGGGCUUCAUCUAUAUACAUUUUACUGGACUGGAUAACUACUCCGCCACCUUUGUCGGCUGGUUUUAUAAUGAUAUCUUUAUCUUUUUGAAGUUCUUUAAUUGCCUUCCUUUCAACAUUUGUAAGGUUAUUAAAAUCAUAUUUUUUGUAUUUUCAAGAUCUUUUUGAUCAAGUUUUUCAAAUAAGAUCAAAGGGACGAUUUACAAUAAGAUGGGUAGAACUUAGAUUUUUCUCUAAGAUGAGUAUUUAUAAAAGAUCCUUCAUCUAUUUGUGGUGAAGGAGGUGGGAUUGAUGCUUCAUCUUUUUUACUAAUAAAAAAUCUUUUUAGUGUAGCUUUUCAAACAAAUUUAUUUACAUCAAGAAACGCUUGAAAUGGGUUGAAUGAAGAGGUAGGAGCAAAUUUGAGACCUUUGUUUAAAACAGACAAAUUACCAAAAAAUUAUACUGCACUCAAAAAUUGCUUUAGAUAAAGUUCAUUGCUUUAUUUAAUAAUUCAUAAUGGUAUUGUAUAGACAUAAUUCAUAAAUUGCAAAAAAUUGUAGAAAUAAAUAAUUUGAUAAUAUAUACAUAAUCCCGAGCGUGCAGCCCAUCAAGAAGACCCGAUAUCAGCAGAUUGGAGAUAAGAGUCCGGUACCCCCAGGAAGACACACUCAUAUACAAUUUGAGGAAAACCACAGAGAUCCACCACAAUGCACAUUUGAAGAAGCUUCAAAAUAGGACUUACAACCUUGGAGAAUAUGGUGAAAUCCACCCAUAUACUAUAGUGUGCACACUGGGACUGUAUAUACCCCCUUUUUUGCUUACUUUUUUCUUAUUUUGCACUUUUUCUUUUUUUCACUUUUUUCAUAUUUUGUCAUGUUUUUCUUUUUCUAUUUUUUCCUCUUUUUCUCUUUUUUCUUUUUUUUUAUCCCUCUUUUUGGAUGGGACCCUUGGACUCUAGGAUACAGUUAAAGCAGCAUUAUCUGGAUAAUUCAUAAUUCUGUGAUUAGGGAUCUUUAGUAACAUGGAGUUAUGUGUAUAGGUUUACAAUGAAUUGUUUCCAUUAGGAUAUAUUGUUUGAUUUCAGAGUGUAUAUAUUAUCAAAUUAUUUAUUUCUCCAAUUUUUGCAAUUAAUGAAUUAUGUCUAUACAAUACCAUUAUGAAUUAUUAAAUGAAGCAAUGAACUUUAUCUAAAGCAAUUUCUUGAGUGCAGUAUCAUUUUUUGGUAGUUUGCAUUUUUGAGGUCAUUGGGCCACCCUGAUACUUUGCACCAAUAUAGGUGAAAGAGUGCCGGUGCAUAGAAUUUUUUGUUAAAACAGACAAUUGUGCAGCUGACAAAACUUUUUGAGAGAGAUUGAAAAUACCACUGCAGGGAUCUUUAGGGGAUAUUAUUGUCUUUCCAAUCUUUCCCUUUUGCUCCCGUCUUCCACUUCGUCUUCCUCUAAACUUAGGAUUCUUUUUUGGGAACGUGAUGGGUGCGGUGUUUGGACUAAUGAGGGCUGGUGAGUACGUAUUUCUAAAAAAUGAUCUUCAUUAUCGAAAUCUGAAUCUACUGACAAUAACUGGUACCUGUUAGAGUGAUUGGGGAUAGUAGGUGAUUUGGAGUAGGUAGAAUAUUCAAUGUGAUCAUUCAUAUACCGUGAUCUUUGAGGUUUGGGUGAAACGUUGAAACCAGAAGAGUUAUGGUAUUUAGGAGAUUGUGGUACAGGUUUAUAAGUGUGGUGAAAGGAUUUUCUUUGUUUAUAUGAGGGUAGUUGGUAUGUGUUGGUGUUAACUUGAUAUGGUAAUUUGGAGGAAGUGUGGUAUUGGUGAACUGACGUUUUAGGAGGUCUUAUUGUGGAAGGGGACUGGUAGUGAGAUUUACGUGUGACAUAAUUAUGAUAUUUGGAGGGUUGUUGAUAUGAUGUGUGGGUGAGUGUGCAUUUGAUUCUUUUGAUCGUGGUAGUUGGUUCUAGAGGGGUAAUUUUCUGAAGUGUACUUCUUUUGAAAUGGUAAGUUCUCACUUGUUUAUUUGAAUAAUCAGUUUUAUCUCUGAUGUACUUUUUGAUUUUCAAGUGUUUUGUGUCGACUUCAACUUUUUCAAUUUUGUUUUGAAUUAAUAUAGAAUUUUGUUUAUAUGCCUUGGUUUCGGUAAAUGGUAAGAGUUUCUCUCUAAGAGUAUUUAUUUCAAUGUCUAAAAUAGACAGUUUCUUGCUUUUUUUUGACUAUUAGCGUUUCUAUCAAACCAAAGGUACAUAACUCUAAUUUGUUAUUCCAUUCCUCCAUAAAUUCAAGGUCAUCUUGGUCAGAGGUGGGUAGUUUUAGGAGUCUUAAACCACGGGGAGUGAUCUGCUCAUCUAUAUAUUUUUUAAAAGUAGCAAUUUCCCAUUUAAGCUUAAUUUCUGUGGCUAAGGCUCUCUAUUUGUAAGUACGUUUUUAUUUAAUUUAUACUGACACUGUUAUACAGUGAGCACUAUUAGCUGUUUCUUUUUUCCUGAGAACUGGACACCAUUGACAGAGAGGUACCCACUACAUAUCCCAUAAGCGGGGAUUAUACCGCUGUACGCGCCUUACCCUAGAGCUGGAUAUAAGCUCUUGUAAAUUGGAACCACUACUAUAUCUGAAGACCCUACCACUGUACCAGCUUCCUUAAAAGACUAUUCGUAAGGACAUAUAAGUUGGACUUCUUUUUAUUUGGACUUUGUUUUCUUUUAUUCUGUUUUUAAUAUUUUAUGUGGCGCAGCCUUUUCUAUUGUUGCUUUUACUUGUCUUGUUUUAAAAGGUUUUGAGGGAUUCCCCUUUAAGGGUUGCUGCCUAUUGGUUGACUAGCGCUGUCUCAUCCAUUUAUCAUUACUAUUAUCAACCGAAAGCUUACCAUACCCGAAUUUGUCCUUGUCUUUUGGCCUUUAUCGCGACGUAAUCUGUUCCAUUUCCCCUCAGCAUAGGGAGGAGUUGGAUUUGUACAUGCAUAAGUUGGUGGACCUAGGGCACAAGUAUGGUGGGUUCUCAUUUUAUGACUAUCAUAAAUCUUUUUCGGCUAAAGCAGCGGCAUCCCUCACCCAGUUUAAUACCCACACCAACUGGAGUAAGCUUGACACAGAACUAUUCUGUCUCAAUUUUGCCGGUCAAAAACCACCAUCUUUUGCCUUGUGUGCCUCCAUCUCACACUCCACUAACUUGUGCCCAGUCGAUCCUAUUCUUCCUACCACUUAGUCGUGCUUCCUUCGGUUCUUCCACUGCAGAACACAGAGGACUUAAAGGCAAAUUGGGUAGACCCAUAGUAUACCUAGUGAAUGCUCAAAUCUGCAACAACUUUAAUUCUGGCAGUUGUGGUUUUAGUGCGUGCAGAUUGUUGAACGUCUGCUCAAUUUGUUUCAGGGCACACACAAAAACUGUGUCCUAAUCGUCUGUACCCAAUACAAUGACUAACCUAAGUUAGCAUUGACAACCUGGCAUUUUACCUCCAGGCACAUCCUUCCCAUCACCUAGUCGACUUCUUGGUCAAGGGGUUCACCGACAGUUUCCACACUGGCCUUGUCACACUCCCCACUGAUAUUCACGAAUGUUCUAACCUACAGUCUGCCCUUCUUGACCCUGUCAGCACAGAGUUCCUGCUACAUUGGAUGAUGCCAUUCUGAGGGCUGGCAUAUAAGCUUCGUUAGGGAAAACCGAUGUUUCCAACGCAUUCAAACUCCUACCCAUACAACCAUCCCUGUGGCAUGUGCAUGGCAUUCAUUGGGAAAAUAAGUACUACUUCACAACUCGUUUAACCUUUGAGGCUAAAAGUAGUCCAAAAUUGUUUGACAUUUUUGCAGACACGUUAUGUUGGCUGUUCCUCAACAUUGCUGAAUGCCCCUCAGUCUUACAUUAUCUGGAUGACUUUCUUACCAUAGAAUUACCUCAGUCCUCUCCCGUCAGUAUUCAUAAAACACUGCCUCUAUUUUCAGCAUUAGGUGUUCCGCUGUCACAGGAGAAAACAGUAGGCCCUACGACCAAUCUGACCUUCCUGGGAAUCCACCUAGACACUGUCUUAUUACAAGCUAGUUUACCGAUAGAGAAGGUACAGCAGAUCAUCACGUUGAACUUCACCAUGAAAACUAUUCCACAAGGCCAGGCUUUUAUUUCUAGAUUAAUGUGCCUUUUUCAUCUUCUUCAUACCGACACUAGCUCCAUAACCCUAGACACACACGCUAAGGCAGACUUACACAUGUGGUUUAGGUUUCUUUCACUUUGGAAUAGGAAAGCAAUGUUCCUUAUACCCUUAUCAGACUCUUCCCCGGUCAUAUGGGCCGAUGCCACAACUCAUACAGGGUUUGCAGCCAUCUUUGGCGACUCCUGGUUUAGAGAUUUCUGGCCAGUUCAGACCCACAGUCUACCCACAUUCCACACUACAUCUGCCCUAUUUGAAAUUUACCCGAUAGUGGCAGCCUCCAAAGCAUGGGGGCACCUGUGGCUUCUCUGAUAAUAAAGCAGCAUGCGACAUCAUAAAUAAAGGCAGAUCUUUAUCACUUACCAUCAUGAGACUAAUUCGACGACUGACAUGGUUAGCAGCUAUGCUGCAAUUCCACAUUACAUGCAUACAUGUCCCAGGACACACCAAUACAGCUGCUGACGCAUUGUCUCAAUUUAAAUGACAGGUUUUCUUCAGAGCCCAUCCCAAAGCCAACAUCAGUCCAGUCAGCACCCCUUCAUACCAAGACCUCAUCCUGGACUAGAAAGACUCUUAUCACACAGCAGAUAUCUUGCCAGCUCAGCCCUCUCUACCAGACAACACGGGCAUACGAUAUAGCAUUUAUCCUUUACACCAAAUUCACGGUAGAUUACCAGAUAAAGGACACACAUUCGCUAGACUCAAUAGUAGCGUUUAUCUCCCUUUGCCACCUUAACUUACCUUAAAUAAUCACUAAACACAAUAAAACUCUAUCUCACGGGAAUUCAACAUCACAUCCCAAGUGCCUACCAUAGUACAAGCCCCUUUGGAUCUAUCUAUCCCGUUAAGAACAAUAAUUAGAAAAACCCACUACCAGGCAUCCUAUUAAUGGACCUAAAUUUCACGCACUUUCAGACAUUAUGGACAACAAUCCAUUCUAAACCAACACUAAUCUGGUUAUCAAAACGGCAGCUUGUCUAGCCUUCUAUGGAUUCUUGCAACCAAAUUAAUUCACUACCAAUAACAUCACGUCUAACCACUUGCACCUUAAAAUUACGAACCUUAAAAAAGAUUCUGACUAUUACGUGGUUAUCAUCGAACACACCAAAACAAAUCAGCUAGGCCCACCUACUAAAGUCUGCUAUUAUUCCACCGAUAACCCAUGGUGUGCGGUUAGAUUAUUUGACACAUAUCGUUCUGCACUUGCUGGUCUUAAUCCUAAUACGCUACUACUUUCAUUACAUGGUAAUCUUCUGACCACUAAGAAGUUCAUAUACUACAUCAGAACUGUUUAUUAGAAUCGGUCUCGACCCCUCAGGUUUUUCUUGCCACUCAUUCAGAAUCGGAGCCGCUUCAGUGGCUUCAAGCCACAACGUCCCUGCUCAUAUAAUUAAAAGACUGGGACGGUGGAAAUCAGCAGCAUACACCAGUUAUAUUCCACAACCAGAACAGGAAUUGAGAUUAGGCUUCCGAUGCUCUGUCUAUACUGAGUGCCUCGAGGGGUAAAGGCACUCAGUAUAUAAACAAAAAAAUAAAUAAUUUAAUUUAAAAAAUUAACCCCUACCCGCCCUCCCACUCCUUCUCCCAUGCACUUACCAAUCGCUGCGUUCCCCUGCAGGCGAUCGAUCUUCUUCUUUGGGGGAACCUCUGGACUGAGCCCAGAGAGUCCCUCUCUCCAAUUUAGGACCUGCAGGGGGCAUGUGACCGCUCUAAAAGAGUACUGCCAGCAGGGGGACUGCCUGAACUGACAGGCAGUCCCCUUGCUGGUUGAAAAGUAAAAAUAAAGCUAGUAAAAGUAAAAAAAAUUUUUUUUUUAAAUAUAGUUAAUAAAUUUUAAAAAAAUGUUUAUGUAUAGUGUAUACAUAUAUUAUAUCUAUAUAUAAUAUGUAUCUCUAUAUAUCCUAUAUGUCAUACUAAGUGUAUUUUUUAUUAAUAUAUACAUAUUAAUAUAAAAAUACACAGAGUAAAAUUACACACACAUAACUAUAUAUAAUGUAUAUAUACACAUUAUAAUAAAUAAUAAAAAAUAAACUAAAAAUAAUUUAAUUUUUUUUAUAUAUAUGUAAUUUUAUUCUAACUGUAUUUUGAUAUGAAUAUAUAUAUAUAUAUAUAUAUAUAUAUAUAAAUACACUUAGAAUGAAAUGAUAUAUAUAUCUGUAUAUCCCCUUAACGACCGUGGAUGUACUAUGUACGUCCGACAAAAAAAAACAGUUGUAAAGGACCACGGACAUACCUAGUAUGCCUGCGGCAAAUAGGAGCCCUGGAAUUACCUGGACCGUCGAUCCGCGGCGAUCGCGGUUGGGUGUGGGGGGAGGAAUGCCGGAGACCCCAGCAGCUCCGGCCACCCCGGCACUCCAGGGCCAUGUGAUCACCAUGAUCACAUCGCAGCUAUAGGAGUCUAGGAGCAGCGAGCAGGGGGAUUGUCCGAGUCCCCCAGGCUGCUAAAAAGUAAACCAAUUAAAUAAAUAUUUUAUACAUACAUAUGUAUAAAAUAAUUAAAGCAUUUUAUAAUAUAUUAGACAUAUAUAAUUUCAUUAUAAGUGUACUUUGAGAUAUAUACAUAUAUAUCUCAAAAUACACUUAUAAUGAAAUCAUAUUUAGGCAUUAUAUAUCUAUAAUAUAUUAUAAAAUGCUUUAAUUAUAAUAUAUUAUACAUAUAUAGGAAAUAAGUGUGUGUAUAUAUAUUUAUAUAUAAACGCACACACACUCACAUAUUAAAUACUAACAUAUUAUAUAUAUGUGUGUAUAUAUAUAUAUAUAUAUAUAUAUACACGUAUUGUGCGUGUGUAUAUAUAUAUAUAUACAUAUAUAUAUAUAUAUAUAUAUAUAUAUAUGUAUAUAUAUAUAUAUACACACACACACAUACACACACAUAUUAUAUAUUUAUAUAUUAAAUAAAUUGGGGAACAUUUUUUUCUUUUUUUUUAUAAAAAACAAAUAAAAACGCUAACUUUGGCCAGCGUUUGUGACUAAGUGGCUACUACAAAAGACUGGACAUACACCAUUUGGAAUACCCUGGGUUGUCUACAUUUGAAAAUAAUAUUCCAUGAUGGGGUUAUUUCACAUUCCUGGGCUACCAUACGAUCUUAAAAGACAAAACAGACUCAGCUACCCAAUCUGGCAAACUGAAUUGGGCAAGCCCUAUAUUGACCCUGUAACUUUCCAAAACACCAUAAAACCUGUAUAUGAGGGGUAUUGUUAUACUCGGGAGACUUCGCUGAACACAAAUAUAAGCGUUUCCAACAGUAAAACCUAUCACAACGAUGAAAUUACCGGUAAAAGUGCAGUUUUUGUGUAAAAAAAAAAAGCAAAAAACAAAUAUGAACGCUAACUUUGGCAAGCGUUUAUGGCUACUACAAACGACUGGACAUACCCCAUUUUGAAUACUGCGGGUUGUCUACGUUUACAAAUGGUAUGCCAUGAUAGGGUUAAUUUUCAUUCCUGGGCUGCUAUACGGUCUCAAAGGCAAAAUAGGCCCAGCAAACCAAUCUGGCAAAUUUCAAUGUGCAAAGAUGGAAAAGGGGAAAGCCGUACAUUUGACCCCUGUAGGUUUGCAAAAACCCAUAAGACCUGUACAUUAAGGGGCACUGUUGUACUCGGGAGAUGUUGCUGAACACAUAUUGUGGUGUUCUUUUACAGUAAUACAUAACAGGAGCUGAGAAUCCAUGCCUAAAGUACAAUGUGUGUGAAAAAUAACACAAAAGAAUUACUACCCAAAAGGUUGGCAAAGACUGGUGGUAGAAUUAGUGCAUGGAAAGUGUUAAAAUACCACCAUUUGAAACACCCUAGCGUGUCUACUUUUCAAAAAUAUAUGGUUUGAUGGGGGUAAAUUACAUUGGUCGGCUUAAAAAAUGUCCCAAAUAGGACAUGGGUGCAUGAUGACCAGCUGUGAAAAUUCCAAGUUGGAAAACUGUAAUGCACACCCUCCAAAUAAGGUAUUUUAGCUCCCAGAGAACCCGACACACCUAUACAUGGGGGGUAUCACUGUACUCAGGAGAUGUUGCUGAACACAUAUUGGGGUGUUCUUUGGCAGUAACCCUUAACGUUCUCAGUACAUGUAUUCUUUUUUUUUUUUGGCAUAGAUUGGUGGUAAAAUGGUUGCAUGAAAAGAGUCAAAAUACCCCAAGUUUAUUACCUUAGGUUGUCUUCUUUUAAGAAAUAUAUACAUGUGAAGGGUUAUUCAUGGAUUCCUGACAGAUACCAGUGUUACAAUGUAACUUGCGAUAAUUUUGAAAAAAAAUGGUUUGGAAAUAGCAGUGUGCUACUUGUAAGUAUAGCCCUACAACUUUCCAUAAAAUGCUAAGAACAUGUUAACAUUUCUAAACUCAGGACAAAAUGUAGAAACUAUUUAGCAUGGGUGUUUUUUGGCGGUUGUAGAUGCGUAACAGAUUUUGGGGGUCAAAGUUUGAAAAAGUGUGUUUUUUUUAAAAUUUUCAGCAUUUUUUAUAGUAAAUUAUAUGAUGAAAAGAAUGGUAUCUUUAGAAAGACCAUUUAAUAGCGAGAAAAACAGUAUAUAAUAUGUGUGGGUACAGUAAAUGGGCAAGAGGAAAAUUACAGCUAAACACAAACACCGCAGAAAUUUAAAAAGUACCAUGGUCCUUAACGGUAAGAAAAUCGAAAAACGGUCUGGUCACUAAGGGGUUAAAUGUCUAGCUGUGUAACAUAUGUGUAAUAAAGUUUAUUGGUUUACAUCAAACUUUUUGCCCUUUUUUUAUACAGGCCUACCCCAUAUGACGGUUCCGGCACACCACAACCGACUGGUGCUCACUUUUGUUGUUAUUAUCUUACUAUUACGUUUUAUGUCUCCAACUACAAAUAAGAAGGCAUAACCUGUGUUACGAACGCUUGUAGUUAUGGUACCUUGUUUCUCCUACUCCUCCCGAACUGCUGAGCCUUAGUGAUUAUAGCUGCAGUUCAGGUGUAGUUAUGAAUAGUUCCAGACGAAUGCAGCUUCCAAGACGUUUCUCCCCAGCCAGUAGACAGUUACCCAAACAUGAGCCUAGACUUCAUGAAGGGUACAACAGGAAUGAAGGUUUAUUGAUGCCACACUGGCUUUUAUGCUAGUCCCCAUGCAAGGGGAAAUCCCACCUGGACCUUGUUGGGCACCAGGACAUAAAAGUUACAACCAAUAGAAUUACAUCGACAAAGUGAACACUCCCACUGCAAACAUACAAUCCCCUCCUCUCUGCCUGUGAGAUAAUUAGGUAAGCUAAAGGAUAACUCAAUUAUCUCCAGGUAGAAAAAAACAUUUUCUCCAAAACUUAGAAUGUACCCUAAAACACAUGGUAUCCCCAUAAAUGCCAUAUCCCCUGAUAGCCCUGAUUUGAGUGACCAACAUAUUCAAAAAUCACCCAGAUCUAUUCAGGGGUUUUCGAAAAGAAUGGAAGUCUUAUUUUACCGACCGCACACGAGGCUUCUGCCCAAAACAGUUCAGUGAAUUCAGUAUGUGCGGUCAGUCUGUUUCGAUAAAGUCAAAUAAGCGAAUGAAAGCACGAACUAAGCCCCCUGUCUCAUAGGAGCGAAUGUUCCCCUUGUUCGUGGGAACUAAACUACAGAACGGCGCUCUCCUAGCUGUUCGUGGAAAGGAAGCAGGCAUUCGUAUGUUUUUAGCGGUGUUCGGGAAGUCGAGUUUACGAUUUUAGUUCUAGACACUCGACGACCAAGUCCUGCUGCCUCCUUUCAUGAAAACAAAAUGGCCUCCCAGAGAGAGCGCUCAAUUGACAGUUCCCUUUGUAGAUAAUGAGCCAGGAGGGUGGUGGUGUUCAGUAGUUUAAUCUACCAAACAAAUAAAACAUAAAAAUUACGAAUGGCUUUACUAUUUUCUUCAUAGCCUAUAAUUGUGGAAGGGGUUACCCGGCUAUAAAACUCAGGCCCUCCCCAUAUCAGAACCGUCACCGCUAGGUUCAUCCCUCCCUCUUCUACCACUCUUUACAAUUUAUUGGGUAGGCCCUCUUGUUGUUAUUAUCUUACUAUUAUGGCUUUUGUCCCCGACUACAAUUGUAGUUUUAUGGGGUAAUUUGUGAUUUGUAGUUAUACAAUGAAAUUUGCGAAAAUUGGCAUAUGAAUAUAAUAACAAAUAAUAACAAAUAACACCCCACAAUGAGCAGGAUAAGCAGCAGCAACCCUAUGAUUGCCUUCCACAUUAUGCUGUGUUCAGUUUACCAUCCUUAAGGUGUAAUAUGUACCCCAUGUGGCUGCUUACCUUUGCUCUUUGCUCACUCGUAAAAUGAGGUGAAGUUGCUUAAUUUAAUCCACAACUAAGAUAAUACAAUCAUGGAAAAAACAUACAUUUAAUGAUGUAGUGUACUUACCUGUCUUAUUGGGUGUCUCAUAAUGCACUCAGAUUAAGCAGUUCAGGUCACUCAAUGUUUUUAGUGGUUCAUCUGUGAACCAUGAUAGUAGUAUUUUGUUAGAAUGGGAUUGGUGUGGCAAAGGAACCAGAUUUAUAAUGCAACAUGUUGCAAAAACGACAAAAGUUUGAACAUGCAAAAAAUACAGCAUACUAAUGUGGCUACAAUAAAGCAUAUUCAUGAGGUAAAAUGCAUUAAGUGACACUAUACUUUUGAAAAUAACAAUCUAUAUGUUACCUUAUAAUGAAGUGAUCACUGUCCACUCCUGUUUGCUCAGUAAAAUUUAAGUAAAAAAAAGAUUACCUUGUUUCAAGCAUACAUUCGCUUCUGUAAUCUCCACAUUCUCGUCUGUUAAUGUCAUCAUACAAGUGAACAUCAUUCGCCAUCUCCUCCAUUUCAUUGCUUCUCAUAGAGAAGCAAUGGAAUAGAACUAGGCAUGCGUGGCCAAGCACUGUUGUUCUCCAAUAACAUUCUGCUAUCAGCAACAUUUGAUGGAAGAAGAACUUCUAGUGGCAGCCACAAGAAGUGUAGUUAACCCUGAAAUUUAAACAUUGCAUUUUCUACAAAAAUUGCACAGUUAAUUGACAGGACCAAUGCACCCAGACCACUGCAUUAAGACUGAGUCGUAAGGAUGACUUUAGUGGUUCUUUAAAGCUGUGUUAGUUUCCAUUGUGUGACUUUAACCAUUUUCUGAUUGCAGUUAGCAUUUUCAACCAAUAAUAGCAUUGCAUUGUGUAAUUUUCUGUUUCAAAUGCAAAUGUCUUAUUUACUAUACAGUUUGCUCAUGUGUCUCAUUUGUAACUUACAACAGGGUUCAAAAACUGGAUUGAGUCAGUUGUUGCAUGGAGGCCCAGGUAUGUCACCAAAAGUCCUUUUUUACAUAUUUACUUUACAGUCUUUACUAUUUUAGUGUUCUGCAUUUCUAAUGAAAAACUAAAAUAAGCAUUAUUUCCAGUCAAAUAAUAAUUUAUUUUAAAUUGUUUGAUUACAGGUAUGAAAGCUGUGCAUACAUCAGAAAGACCACGUGCACAUCUAACAGGUAAUAUAAAUAGCUGAUUAGUUGUGAGCUCACUUUUUCUCAAUUUUAAAUAUUCACUUUUGAGAUUGAAAUAGCAUUACCAUCCAAAUGCAUUUUUUUAAUUUUUUUUUUUAACUUAUGCACAUGAUAAACAGGGCAUCCUAACCCUCUUCCUGACUUUAGGACGUGCAAUGACUACAAAAGAAGAGCUUUAAUGUUGUUAGGGCAGUAUAGCAUAUACUAACAAUCGUACCAUCCCUCUACCCUACUUACUGGAUCCGAUUGGGGGAACUGCCUGACAACUCAGGUAGUCCCCCUACAGCCAAUCUCUCUGAUCCGAUCAGAGGUUGCCAGACAGAUCCUUCAAUAUAUAAUAAAUAAUAUAACAAAUUACAUAUACAUAAUUCCUAAAUACAGUUUUAUAUAAUAUAUAUAUAUAUAUAUAUAUAUAUUCAUUCUAAGUGUGUUUUGAUAUUAAUAUAAGUGUACACUGUACAGUAUAUAUAUUAAUAUUAAAAUACAUUCAUAUAUGGAAUUUUAUUCUAAGAGUAUUUUGAUAAUCUCAUGUGUAUAAUUAUAUAUAUUCAUAUCAAAAUAGAAGUAGAAUUUUAUAUAUAUAUAUAUACCCCGUAUUUUUUGGCAUAUAAGAUGACUGGGCGUAUAAGACGACCCACAACUUUUCCAGUUAAAAUAUAGAGUUUGGGAUAUACUCGCCGUAUAAGACUACCCCUCUUCCAAUGCACACCAAAUAAAAAUUAGCCAUGAUGUACAGUGAGCAGACAGAGAUACACAGCAAGACAUUAAAUAAUGAUAAUCUGAAAUAGCAUUUAAAGCCCAGGUAUGUGCCAGGCUGUUUGGGCAUAUAAUCCAUGCCUGUUGGUCUAGCACACAGGAGGCUAAUUGCGAUAUAUUCUUUUUACUACCCCCCCUCCAUUCUUUUUACUCCCCCCCUCCAUUCUUUUUACUCCCCCUCCCCCCAUCCUCCCUACAUUCUUCUCACCUCCCCUUCCCUGUGCAGAGUGGGUGGCUGAGCUCCUCUUCGUCCUGUCAGUCCUGUCAGUAGCAAUCUCCUGUUCCGCGCGGUACCCGGCCGGAAUGAAAGGAAGUGAGCACUCAGUGCGCACUUCCUUUCAGUCCGGCCGGGAACAGGUAACUGAAUCUCCUGUACUGUGCGGUACCCGGCCGGACUGACAGGACGAAGAGGAGCUCGGCCACCCACUCUGCACAGGGAAGGGGAGGUGAGAAGAGAGGCAGUGCGGCAGCUGUCUGAGCGCUCUCUAUAGAACUGCAGCUAUAUAGACCCUAUACCCGGCGUAUAAGACGACCCCGACUUUGGAGAAGAUUUUCCACGGUUAAAAAGUCAUCUUAUACGCCAGAAAAUACUGUAUAUAUAUAUAUAUAUAUUGUAGAUGGGAUUAGUCCCGUAGACAAGAUACCAGAGUAUUGCAGUAUGCAAUAAUACCUUUUUAUUGGACUAACAUAAUAUUUCAAAGACAGGCUUUCAAGUGUUUUUUGUUAUCUUCCUCAGGUCUGAAGCAAUACAGAUCAAUUUGAUAGAGUUUAACACUUAAAAUAACUGAUGUUAGAGAAGGGGAGGGAGGGCGGGGUGAGUGGAGUGUCAUAAAUAGCAGAAGAUGUGUCCGAAAGUGAAAGGUGCAGGUUGGCUGAGAAUAGCCAGAAAAGGAAAUAAAAACAGAGGAGAGUCAAUAAGCUAGUUUGAAAAAAUAAAUAAAUAAAUAAAAACAUGAAAACAGCAGAGCAGGGCAUGCAAUUAUAAAGCUGCGUAUAUGUAUGUAUAUAAAUUGAUCCAAUAAAGGUAAAGCGAGAAUAUUAAAAAAAAAACUAUAAUUAACGUGUGUCUAUAAAAAGUUUUGGUAGUGUGGGAGAAAGCCAAAGUCCACAUUAAGCCCUUAAGGACGGGUGACGGACGAGGUCCGUUACAGAGGGGAGACCCUUAAUGACGAGUGACGGACCUCGUCCGUCACGCGGUAAAAUUAACCCCGGAUCGCGGCGAUCGCGGGGUUAAUGGUGCUCCUGUAUGCCUCUGCAUUAGAGGCAUACCGGGAGCAACCGGUCAGGCUGCCCAGCACAUGUCCUCGCUCUGACCGCAAGUCAGAGCGAGCACAUGUGCUCUGUAUACUUACCUUCCGACUCCCUGCACUUCCUGGUUCUGUGCGAAGUGCAGGGAGCCGGAACAGUGCUGAUCCUGCCCCCUGCUGUAAAAAAAAAAAAAGUUAAUUUAAAGUCCCACCCCCCCUUUACCCAUUUUAAUAAAAAAAUAACAUCUUCCCUGCCAAUUGAUCACUGACUACAGUGAUCAAUUGGCAGGGAUUACAUUUUACUAUGAUCUGAUUUUUUUUUUAACCCUCAGGGGAUAAAUUUAUUUAAUUAAUUAAAAUAUUUUAAAAUUAUAUAUUUAGCUAGCUGGGGUGGGUGGAAGUUAGUGGGGAAUUGGGGGAUUUGGCAUUAGGCUAACUAGGGGUUAACGUUAAAAAAGGUUUUAAAAUAAACUUUAAAAAGUUAAAAAUUAAGCUUAAAAAAGUUUUAAUAACGUUUAAGUAAAAAAUAAAAAAACACCCCCCUUUACCUAGUCCAAAUAAAAAUUAACCCUUUCCCUGCCAGUUGAUCACUGCCUACAGCGAUCAAAUACAGAUCACAGUAUUAUACUGUGAUCUAAUUUUUUUUAACCCCUGAGGAUUAACUUUUAUUUAUUUUUUAACCUUCAGGGGUUCAAUUUAUUUAAUUAAUUAAUUAAUUUAAAUAUUUUAUAACUAUAUAUUUUGCUACCUGGGGUGGGUGGGAAUUAUGGGAAAAUGGGGAAUUUACUGUUAGUGCUGCUUACUGCUAGUUAGGGGUUAACGGUAAAAAAAAAGCUUCGAAAAAAUUUAAAUCUGUAAAAAAGGUUUAAGAAAGUUUAGUAAAGUUUAAAAAAAAAUUAAUAAUCAAAACAAAAGUUUAAAAACUAGUUUUUAAAAGUAAAAAAGUUAAAAAAAGUAAAAAAAAAAAAUACAUUUUAAAAACGCUCAUUACCACUACACCUGGAACAAAACUAGAGAAAAAAUUAUCCCACGCCAAGGUUCAAAAUAUGCCUUUUGAAUUACCCCAUAGUGUAUUCUUUAAUAAAUAGUAUGUGUUUGUGGGAAAGUUUCAAAAACCAACUAUCUAAACUACUCCAAAUUGGAACAUGGACACAGCGUAAAAUUUCAAAGUUAGAAAAAAACUGAAUGGCUGUGUCUCAAAUGCGCCCCUUCAACAUCCACAUAUACCUGGCAAAGGUACAUACUACACUACACUUGGUACAAGCUAGCGGAAAAAUGAUCCCACGCUAAGGUUCAAAAUAUGCCUUUUGAAAUACCCUGGGAUGUCUUCUUUAAGAAAUGGUAUGGCUUUAUGGGGUAUUUAGUUUAUAUAGCCUGGUAAAAUACUCUAAAAUGGGACAUAGGCACAGCAUAAAAAUUCAAAGUUUGAAAAAAACUGGAAUGGCUGUGUCCCAAAUGUCCCCCUCCGAUGUCCACACAUACCUGGCAAAGGUACAUACGGGGAUAUUGCUGUACUCAGCCGACAUAGCUGAGCAACAUAUGAAGUAUUAUACAGUCAUAGCACACAUAAGGUUUGCAAAAUAUACUGUGCAAACUCACUUUGGAUGUCAAAAAGGCAGAAAAAAACACUUAUUACCACUACAUCUGGUACAAGCUAGCGGAAAAAUGAUCCCACGCUAAGGUUCAAAAUAUAUAUUUUUAAACACCCUGGGGUGUCUACUCUAAGAUAUGGUAGGCCUUUGUGGGGUAGUUUGAAUUUAAAACCUGCGAAGAUGCUUGGAAAUUGCACAUAGGCCCAGCGUCAAAAUUCAAAGUUUGGUAAAAACGGAUAUGGCUUGGUCUCCUAUAUGGCACUGUAGCUUCACGAAAUAGUGCCAAAGACAUUCAUUGGGGGUGUCUUUUUACUCAGAAGACUUAGCUGAGCAUAAUUUGGGAGGUUUGAACUUAGUGGCACAUAUGAAAUAUACAAAACGCCCAGCAAAAAUGCAAUCCGUAUGUAAAAAAUGCACAAAAUUAUUUUUUACCACAUACUUUGGCAUAUAUUGGUGAAAAAAUGGGGGUAUGUUAAGGCACAAUAUGCACCUUAUGAGAUACCCUGGAGUGUCUACUUUUACAAAUGGUAGGCCUUUGUGGGGGUUUUUUGAACAGUCAAACUGUUUUAAUACCUGAAAUGGAACCUAAGGCUCAUUAAAUCCAUCUCUCAAAAUUCUACUGUGAAUACUGAAAAGGACAGGUAUCCUGUAUGGCACUGUAACUUCACGAAAUAGUGCCAAAGACAUACAAUGGGGGUGUCAUUUUACUCAGCAUAUGUAACUGAACACAAAAUAAAACUUUGUACAGGAAUAGCAUACACCAACUUUACAAAAUAUACACGUGAAUUUCUUUGUUAUAAGUUUGUGUGCCAAAAACCAAACAAAACACAAUUUUACUCCAAUAUUUAGCAGAGGUUGGUGGUGAAAUGGCUAUGUAGAAAGUGUCAAAACAACCUUAGGUAAAUAGCCUGUGAUGUCUACUUUAUAUAAAUAUAUACUUUUGUGUGGCAAUUUUGUUUUCUUUUAUGGCUAUUAAGCUUACAAGACAAACAUACCAAAUUCUAAAAUCGCUCCACAUUAAAAGUCUAUUUUACUCCUUGUGCUUUGUGACCUGUAACUACCAAAAAAACUUAAAAUCCCAGACACAUUAUAUAUUCUGUAAAUCAGAACAACUAAAUUAAUUUAUUUUUAAUUACUUUUCUUCACCUGCACUAAUUAUGCACACAUUAUUAUUGCAAAAACUGUAAAAAAAAACACAAAAUUUUCAUUUUUUUUACAUUUUUCUGUAUUUUUUUAAAAAUAAAUAAGCAUUUAUAUAUAUAUAUAUAUAUGUGUGUUACAUCAAAUAAAGCCCUUUCUGUCCUUUAAAAAAUGAUGUAUAAUAUGUGUUGGUGCAACAAAUUAGUAAAAUGCAAAUUGCAGUUGAAGCAAACAGCAAAAAAUGAAAAAAAUGCUGUUGUCAUUAAGUGAAAGACAAGCUUUUGAAGCUCUGUCCUUAAGGGGUUAAGUUCUUAAUUUCUGUUGUUGAAAUGUGUGAUCAUCAUCUCAAACGUCUUUCGUUCAUGAGAGUCUUUGAAAUUCCCUUUAAAGGGACACUGUAGGCAACCAGACCAGUUCAGCUAAUUGAAGUGUUUACAUUGCAGCUCUAAGUCUGCCCUCUGUGACUGUCUACCAGACAGCCACGGGGGGCGCUUCUGGAUUCGUAACGGACUUUUGGUCCGUUAUCUGACUCUGGACGUCCUCACGGACUUCGAGCGUCAGAUUUUCACCGUAGGAAAGCAUUGAAUAAUGCUUUUCUGUGGGGAGCUUUAAUGCGCAUGCAGCCAUUGCCGCGCAUACGCAUUAGGUCUCCCCUGCCAGCUGACGUCAGCGAGGGAGGAGCAUGGGCGGAGCCUGACCCAGUGCUGAGGGACAUCGGCGCUGGAUUCAGGUAAGUAGCUGAAGGGGUUUUAAAUAACUGGCCUUAAGCUGAGAAUCUCAGAAUGAAUCUACACAGACACUCAACCAAGAACCACAAGGAAAAACAGAUAUUGUACCCCUGUUGGUCAUCACUUCACCUAGACUGGUCACUCCAUCCAAAACCUCAGGAUUAAAGUUCUUAAGGGAAUUUCAAAGACUCUCAUGACCGAAAGACAUUUGAGAUGAAAAUGAUUACACAUUUCAACACCAGAAAUUAAGAACUUAAUGUAGACUCUGGCUUUUUCCCACGCUACCAAAACGUUUUAUAGACACACGUUAUAGUUUUUUUUUUUUUUUAUAUUCUCACUACACUUUUAUUGGAUCAAUUUAUAUACAUAUAUAUAUACAGCUUUAUACUUGCAUGCCCUGCUCAGCUGUUUUCGUGGGGGUUUUUUUGUUUUUGUUUUUUUUAACUAGCUUAUUGACUCUCCUCUGUUUAUAUACUUUUUCUGGCUAUUCUCAGCCAACCUGCACCUUUCAGGUACAUUUUCUGCUAUUUAUGACACCCCACUCACCCCCUCCCCUUCUCUAACAUCAGUUGUUUUAAGUGGUAAACUCUAUCAGAGUGAUAUGUAUUGCUUUAGACCUGAGGAAGCGAGGAACACUCUCGAAAGCUUGUCUUGAAAUAUUAUGUUAGUCCAAUAAAAAAGGUAUCAUUACAUACUGCAAUACUCUGGUAUUUUGGCAGUAUAUAUAUUUGAAUGCUUUCCUAUGGACUGGCUGAAUGCGCACGCGGCUCUUGUAUGCGCAUUCAGCUAAGGACGUCAGAAGAGGGAGGAGAGUCCCCAGCGCCGAGGGAGCCCGGCGCUGGAGAAUGGUAAGGGAUUAACCCUUUCCUCCCCCUUCUGCACCACGGGAGUGGGACCCUGAGGGUGGGGGCACCCUCAGGGCACUAUAGUGACAGGAAAACGAGUAUGUUUUCCUGGCACUAGAGUGGUCCUUUAAGCAAAUCUUAUAAAGUGAAAUGUGUGGUAGUUAUCCCAUGAGUUGUAAAUAUCAUAUAUUGAAUUCCAAUAUAGGUACUAAUGGAGUUUCAUUAAUUGUACUAAAAUGUCAAUUGCCAUUUUUUUAAGGUACCAAACAAGAUGACCAAAAUCUCAUUCUACAGUGGGAGGAUCAACGUGGACUAGCAUUCACCAAAGAAGGAAUGACAUAUAAAAAUCGAUCACUACUUAUUCCAAAGACUGGUGAUUAUUUUGUGUAUUCUCAAGUUUCCUUUCGAGCUAGUGACUCUAGCCAUAAAAAUAAAAAAUUGGAAUACGUAACACUGCAAAUCACAAGGGUAAAUAACAAUUAUCCAGAGCCAGAAUGUCUUCUUAGUGGAGCUAUAUCAAUUGACAAAGAAAGAGAGGAAUGCCAGACCAUCUAUUUGGGAGCUCUUCUAUCUAUGAAAGUAGGAGACAUGGUAUCAGUGAAAGUAAAUGAUAUCAAACUAGUUGAUGUCACUGUGGACCACAAAACAUUCUUUGGUGCAUUCCUGUCAUGAAUGCAGCUAAAAUCCUAACUUGUUCGCUGAAUGGAUGCCAUACAAUCAGACUAUACAUUCAAAAAUGAACUUCCAGAUAUUAGUUUAAGCAGACUGUGAUUGUCUAUUGUUGCGACUUAGAUGAUGAUCAGAUCACAUUUUAUGACCAAUUUGUGCAGAAAUCCAUAUCAUUCCAAAGGGUUCACAUACUUUUUCUUGCAACUGUAUGCUGUUAUCCUAACUUAAAUAUUGGCACAUCUCAUGUUUGCACAGGGACCAUUCUUAAAAAGCAAGAGAGCGUCUACAUCAAGAAAAUGUUAGUGUGAAACAUUAAACAGAUUCUUCUCAUCUUAUAAAGCUGCUUUUAAUGAAAAAUAUAACUAAUAUAUAUGAGCAUUUAAAAAAAACAAAAACAUUUAUUUGUAAAUUCAAAAUUUAGUUCAUAAAGCCUCGCUUAUAUUUAUUUAGACUGUGGGAAUGAGUGCCUGCUCAUACAUGAACAAAUUUCUCUACCAGGAACCCAUUCCACCAACAAUACAAUAUCUCCAAAUGUUCUUAAAAUCACAGCCUCCCUCUAACGUGCAAUUAAUAAACUAAUCUUCAAAUAUCAUACCAUUCCUACAGUCAGGGAGGGGGGAAAUUGAAUGUUACCUCUUAAUUGCCUCUUUGCAUUGUAUUAGAAUUGCACUAAUUGCUAUAAAAUCUUUUAAAUACCAUAUUUUAGACUGUACCGACUAUGUAGCCAUUAUGAUCAAAUGCAGACAUUUUUCCAUUUGGUUGCUAUUUUUAGUAAGCUGUACUGCUAUUAAUACCAUUAUGGUCCUUACUGAUACCUGUAAGUAUAUGGGUAUAUAAAUUUUUAUUUAUAAACAAUAUGUAAAAAAAUAAAUAAAUAAAAUUUGCUUUUAUACUAAUUUCAGACUGUGUUAAAUAUUGCAAGGUAAGAGAUACAAUGGACUCCUUCAAUAUUUAUAUACAGGAGGAACAAAUACAUGAAAAAUAAAAAUUGUGUACAUUUAAUUUAUUGUGUUUGUACAUUACAUGAUCUUUUCUAAUGCACUUACAUGUUAGCUAUUCAUCCAAAAUAAGCUUAACUGUGAAGGAGUUAAAGGCACCAAAACAUCUUUAUGAAGCAGUUUGGGUGUAUAGACCAUGCCCCUGUAGUCUCACUGUUUAAAGGGAUACUGUAGGCACCCAGACAACUUCAGCUAAUUGAAAUAGUCUAGGUGCACUGUCCCUUUUGCACUUAGGGCUGCAAUGUUAAACAUGGCAGUUCCAUAGAAACAAGUCUGCUCACACUGGCUGUCUACCAAACAACCACUAGAGGGCUUCCUGAAUUGAAGUUGACCGGUAUCUGAUGCUGGACGUCCUCACGCUCUGCAUAAGGACAUUCAGCGUCCCCCAUAGGUAAGCAUGGAUUUAAUUAGCUCCAGUGUCUCGCGAACCAUCAGAGGGGGGGAGCAUCGACCCAGCGCAGAGGGACAUCGGCACUGGGAUAAGGUAAGUAAAUAAAG